AUGAGGACAGACAGUGUGAUCAUCCAAUACACGGUCUUCGCGUUACAGAUCGUCACUUGCGUCGUUGGGCUAUUGGGUAAUACGGCUGUCAUAUGCGUCAGCAGCUGUAUAUUGAAGAAAACAAAAUCUAAGAUUUGGUUCCUGAAUUUGGCUGUAGCAGAUCUAAUCUUUCUCUUGUUCCUACCACUAAAUAUGGUUACAUUGUUUAACGGAAACUGGUCUUUUGGGCUCCAUUUAUGUAAAUUAUAUAACUUCAUUUAUGUGUGCAAUAUGUAUGCCAGUAUUUUCAUCAUUGCAGCCCUAAAUAUCGACCGGACCCUGUCGGUGGCCAAACCCAUUUGGCAUCACAAGUUUAUCACCAAAAGCAUUUAUUACACUGUGUGUGCUCUCAUUUGGACAGUGACAAUACUGGCCAGUCUUCCUGUAAUAUUUGUUAGCGUUGAAUAUAAUAACGAAGGGAAAACUGAAUGUAGACUGUACGAUAUCGGUCAUUUUAAUUGUAAGGACAACAUUAGACAAACAUGGAGCACUUUUAAUGAAAGUUAUAUUUUUAACAACAAUUCUCAAAUUCUCGAAAAUAAUGUCACUGAACCCGACCUGAGUCAAACAAUGAGACCAAAUGAAAUUAUGGACGAUUUGAACAAUGGAUCAACCUACAACUCUCCGAACAUAUCUUAUUUCAGUAUUCCAAUAAUUCCACACAACAUUCCACAAUGUUUUGACAAUGGCUAUUUGAUGGACAGUGAAACACUCGAGUCAUGGAAUAAGAUGAUAUAUUUGACGGAGAGCAUUAUUAUCCCACUCCUUAUAAUUGGUUACAUUGUCCCACUGAGCGUCAUCCUAUGUUCCAAUGUAAUUAUCAUUCUUAGUGUUAGAAAAUCUCAAGCAGUGAAGACUUUGAGAAUGUAUAGAAUUAUUGUUACAGUGGUUGUGGUUUAUUUUCUAACUUGCACUCCGCUAGUUGUAGGGGAAGUUAUUCUAUUGAUAUCUGCUCGUAAAAUGAACUUUGAACUAAUGAAGAAUGUGAUUGACACUUUACCUCUCCUGUACACUAUAGCCUACAUGAACAGCUGUUUAAACCCAAUUGUAUAUGUGUUGGUGGGCACCAAGGUACGAGUGACAAUGACAGAAUUCUUUAGCACUACAAGUCAGAGCACGUGAAGUUUUUCAUUAAGUAAUCCAAAACGUCAAGAAAACAGUAACAAACAUACAAGCUCGUCGCAUAAACACUCAUCACACUCAUCCCUCUGACAUCACUCUGAAUUUUGUAAGUUAGUGAUAGUUCCUUUUCACUGACCCAGUAAAUGCUGCUGAAGGGAGUUGUGUUUUGCCAAACGCUUUAGAUUCUAAGCUCAAGAGCCAACACGUUCAGCACUUUAUUUAAAAAAAAUCUGUAAAUGCAAGAUUUUAAGCUAAUGGCAGAUAAUUUUUUUGUAUAUUGUAUUGUCUGCAUUUUCCCAACUGUACAGCAUAUCUUUAUACUUUAUAAAUAUUAUAUAAUAAUAAUAAUAAUAAUAGUGAUUAUUUGUGCAUCAAAAGAAAGUACAAAAAGCCCGCCUAUAAUUGUAGUACGCCUGCGUGCUGGUGUGGAUUUUUUCCCCUCUUAUAGACAAUUGGACAUAAUUCCCCCAUAAUUCUCAAGCAUCAGGUAUUCUACCCAUAAUACCAUGCUCAUGCAUGCUCAAGGCAUUAUGGAAUAUCAGUGCUUUACAUAAUAUGCCAUGCUUUUUGCUUGAAUGCUACUCAUAUGCCUUGUUGCCUUCAGAACUGGAUUUAAAGGGAAGCUAUAGUCACCAAAACAACUGCUUGCCGCCUCCUGCCCUGUGACUAUGGCCCCUGGGGGUAUUGUCCUUUAAAGACAUUAUUUGGGCAUAAUGGAUUUGUAUUGCGCUAGUGCUGACCCUUUAAGAACCAUCUGGGGACACAUUGAAACUUUUGGGAACAAUGCCCCGUUAAGACUGUGUCCCCAGUAUAGAUGAAAUCUGAGGAGGAUUUAUUUUCAGGUAAGUGAGAAGUGGCAUGACAAUCACCCUUUAACUGUAUUUUUGUUGCUGGGAGGUUUUAGCAAGAAAAGAUAAGCAAAAUUAAAAAAUUCUGCCUUCCUGUAAAGUUUAGAAUUCAGUAUGAAAUCACUUUGAAUUCCAAAUAAUUCACACUUCAACGGAUAACUGUGCAAGUGUUUAGAGAAACAAGCAUGUCUUUUUAAAGUUAGGGUUUUGCAAGUAUGUUACGCCAGACAUUUUUAUCUUCUACAUUUUAUAAAGGGCCUGUUUAUUAUACAUGUACAUUAUAUAGUGCUUUACGGAUAGCUCACAAGGUCACAUUGCAUGAGUUAUCUUAAAAUAACUCGAUCUUGUGGAUAUAGUAUGUGAAACCCACGCUUUGCUAGAUCAUAUUUUAUUUCUAUUGAAAUUCAUGUCGUUCGUGUUAGACAGUAAAAUUAUAAAAUCCUUCCGUUUGGAAAAAAGGAUCCUUAAAAAUAUUUAUAAGGCCAUAGAUCAUAAUCAUUCAAAGGUUACAUAUACUGACCAGAGAUGGCUGCCUACCUGUGCAAGCCUGGUGGGGGUACCUACUCUGCUACUAAAAGUGUUAAAAGCCUACCUCCUCUAAAAGUCUACCUCCUGCUCGGUGGCUGCUGUAAAUUACUGGAGCAGAGACUGCUGGACUCUGGGAUCGCUGUAUUGAGUGUGAAGAAGCCCCGCCCCCUGAGACUGAACUCAUUGACCUGUGCAUGCCGCUGACCCAUCCAUACAAACUAGCUGUGCAUGGCCCCACCGACUAAAAAUGAAAACGGGAUCGCUGCGUGGUGAACACACCAUCUGUACAUGGCCCCGCCCCCUAAAAAUGAAAAAAGGGAUCGCUGUGUGGUGAACACACCAUCUGUGCAUGGCCCCGCCCUCUAAGAAUAAAAAUAGGAUCGGUGCAUGGUGAACACACCAUCUGUGCAUGGCCCUGCCCCCUAAGAAUGAAAACAGGAGCGGUGCAUGGGGCCGUCUCUUUAUUUUGAAAACAGCAAUCUGUGCAUGACCCCGCUCCCUCAGACUGAACACAACGAUUUCCCGGAAGGAGAGGGGAAACUUAGAAUUGGCAGGUACACACACAGCUACACAUACUCCUACCCAUACCAUUACACACACACACAUGCAUACUGUUAUCCACACUGUUCACUCUCACACGCAGACACACAAUGCUGCACACACUAUUACUACACACACUCUUACAGACACACACACAAACAUACUGCUAAACACAUAAUACUACACAUGCUGCUACCCACAUAGUUACACAUCACUACACACACUGCUACCCACACAGUUACACAUCACUACCCAAACUGCUACCCACACAGUUAUACAUCACUACACACACUGCUACCCACACUAUUACACAUCGCUAGACAUACUGCUACCCACACAGUUACACAUCACUACACACACUGCUACCCACACAGUUACACAUCACUACCCAAACUGCUACCCACACAGUUAUACAUCACUACACACACUGCUACCCACACUAUUACACAUCGCUAGACAUACUGCUACCCACACAGUUACACAUCACUACCCAAACUGCUACCCACACAGUUACACAUCACUAGACAUACUGCUACCCACACUAUUACACAUCACUAGACAUACUGCUACCCACACAGUUACACAUCACAACCCAAACUGCUACCCACACAGUUACACAUCACUACACACACUGCUACCCACACUAUUACACAUCACUAGACACACUGCUACCCACACUAUUACACAUCACUACACACACUGCUACCCACACAGUUACACAGUGGCGACACUAGACUUUGUGAGGCCUUAGGUGAAACUCAAACAUGAGGCUCCCACUAACACCUAAAGUGGAAAAAGAAAUCAGGGUUGCAUUGUGUGUAUAAGGUGCUGUAGUUGUAUUGAAGGACACGCUUGCAGCACUGGAUACAGAGAGCUAGUCUCUGUAUUCAUUGUUCAGAGGCUUGCAGUGUCGCGGCUCCCUGUGCCGCUGUGUUGGGAGCUCUCCUACUGUAGUCAUGGCAUAAUUUGCAAACUAAAUUAAUUUCCAAUAAACAAAUUUAAUUAGGAAUUAUGCUAAUCAUUUAUACACGACUGUGAGGUAUGAUUACAUAUCCUUGCAUUCGUGUAUACAUUACUGCCAGUGUGUGCAUUUCUGAGUGUGUGUGGCAUUGCCUACCUGUGUAUGUGCAUGAAAGUGUGUGUCUGACCGAGUAUCCUUGUGUGUGAAUGUAUGUCUUUAUGAGUAUAUGUCUGGGACCAUAUGUGUUUAUGGGGGCUGCCUGUGACCUUUGAGUAUGUGUGUAUGAUGAAUGCCUUCAGUUUGUGACUGUGACAAGGUGAGUAAAGGGGUAACUGGCAGGGUGAGUGUGACAGGGUGAGGGGGGUAAAUGAGACAGGGUUGGGGGGUGAGUAACAGAAUGAGGGAGGGUGAGAAUGAUGGGGGGGCGAUUGUGACAUGGUUGGAGGAGGGAGUGGGACAGGGCAUGGGGAAGUAAGUGUGACAGGAUUGUAGGAAGUUAAUGUGACAGGGUGCAUACGGCAUAGUUGGGGGGGAUAUCACAGAGUUGGAAUGAAUGUGCCAUGUUUGGAGGAGGCAGUAUAACAUAAUGAGGGUGAGUGUGACAAGAUUAAGGGUGUUAAUGUGUUGGAUUAGGAUUAAUGUGGAAGGGUGAGUGUGGCAGGGAUGGAGGACAGGAUUGGAGGGGUUAUGUGGUGGGGUGAUUGUGGCAGGGUGAAGGGGGUGAGUGUGACAGACUGCUAGAGGAUGAGUGUGACAGGGUUGGGGAAGGUGUGUCUUGAGGGGGGUUAAUGUGAUAGGGUAAUUGUGGUAAAGCAAGGGCAGGUGAGUUUGGUAUGGCUGGAAGGGGGUGUGAGGGAACGGAUUAGGAGGGUUUAAUGUGAGUGUGGCUAGGUGAAGGGGGAGACAGUGUGUGGGGGUUAAAAGUGUUUGGGAAGGGUUUUAGGAAUGGUGAUAGUGUAUGUGUAUAGGGUGACAAUGUGUGCGUGGGGUGACAGGGUAUGUGGAGGGGGGCUGUAACAGGGUGUGUGUGGAGGGGUGACAGGGUGUGGGUGGAGGGUUGACAGGUAGGGGUAACUGUGACAGGUUGGUGGGACUGUGAAAGGGCAGGGGUGGGGGGCUGUGAGAGCAUGUGGGACUGUGAUAGGGUGGGGGGCUGUGACAAUAUGUCUGGGUGGCUGUGACAGGGUGGGUAUGUGGGCUGUGACAUGGUAGGGGGCUGGAGGGGCUUUAUCGUGGUGUGGGGGCUUGAGGGCCUGUGACAAGGUGGGGGGUGGAGUGGCUGUGACUGUGUAGGGGGGUGAAGGGGCAGUGAGAGGGGGUAGGGGGAUGGAUGGGCUGUGUCAGGGGGUAAGGUGUUCAAGGGGCUGUGACAGUGGGUAGGAGGGGCUGUGACAGGGGGUAGGAGGUAGAGGGACAGUAACAGGGGGUAGGGUGGGUGGAGGGGCUGUAACAGGGGCUAAGGGGGUGGAGGGGCUGUAACAGGGGGUAGGGCGACCUCUCUCCCAGGUGGUCCGGCUUUCUAGUCUGCAGUCUGAGCUGCAGACCAAGUGCUACCCAGACUAUAAAAAAAAAAUAAAAAAAAAAAAUAAAAAAAAUACAAAUAGGUGCGCUGUAUCUUUAAAUGUUAAAAAGUGCAAAUAGUGCAAUAAUAUGUGCAAAUAUUUUGUGCAAAAACACAGAGUGUGUAUACAAUCACAUUCAAUGUGGCAUAAGUGCAAAAUGCAAAUGUGAUAGUGUAAAAAUCAAUAUCCAAGACAAAUAACUUACAAGGGAAAUAUAUGUCUCCUUAAAUUCUCCAAAUCACAUAAGAACAUAUGUAAAAAGAGAUAAAAAAUGGAGAAACAUAGUAUAAUAUUGUUUUACAUAAAUAUAAAGACCAGCAAGUAGAAUUAGGAAUAUCACUCACAAGUGAAGAGCAGUAAAAGCCUGCUCAAACUGAUCCAGCUUUGAAUCCAAAAACCAGGACUUCAAUGUUGGUGUAAAUAGGCAGGACACCAGCUUCCCAAAUUAAAAACAGCUUUAUUGAAAAUAAGUAGAAUCCACACUCUCCGUUUCCAUAUAGCAGCCAAAUAACCUUUUGCCAGUACUGUAUAAUGUAUAUCUACCAGUCCCUGGUGACUUUCGGUAUUACAGACUUCACUUCCUGGAACUCGGAGUUUCGUCCGGUCACGUGAUGGCGUGAUGACGUAAUCGACGUGAUGACGCGUUUCGCCCAAUCGGCUUCCUCAGAUCACAUCCUGAUGUAGCUAGUCCUGCCUUUUAAAGCCCAUACAUGGGCGUGGUUUGUAUCAAUCAUUAUAGAAACUCCCCAUAAACUAAUUAGGGGUAGAUCUUGUAAAUGUCUAUAUUUAGAAAGUCCAUGACACAUAAAAACAACAAGAAAAACAAGAAAAACAAGUAUAGCAUAAGGCUAAUCUUCUAAUUAAAAAAACCUCAUCCAAAUGACUCAUAGAACAGCAGUAGAUAAUAGUAAUAAUAAUAAUAGCACAUAGAUACUUCUAGUUAGCAUCUAAUAUAAUUCCACAAGAGAAAGAAUAUGUAUAUGCAUAUAUAUACAUACACACAGGGUCAUAUAUAUACAUAUAUAUAUAUAUGGAAAAAAAGGGAUAUACAUACACAUAUAAAUCACAUAUAUAUUUAUAUAUAUAAAAUUUACAUAAAAAACCUAGGUAAAAAAACAAAAUAAAAAACCAAAGGAAGCCUUCUAUAAAGGGGAAGAAAAAGGAAGUAAGUUAAUAAUCUUUAAAAAAAAAAUUUUUAAAAAUCUAAAAGACAGGCACAAGAGAAAAAAAAGGUCAUUAAAAAAAGUUGUACAAAUCGAAUUCAAUAUUGAGGCCCUUAGGUUCAAGAGUAUUUAAUGUAUGAACCCAUUUCAUCUCUUCUUUUCCCAAAUGUUGGAUAGAAUUUCCUCCUCGCCAUGAUUUUUUAACUAAUUGAAUCCCUAAAAAUGUAAGGCCACUAGGAUCGCUAUUGUGGUACUUCUUAAAAUGGGCAGAUACACUAUGAUGGUCUAAACCUUUACGGAUAUUAUUAACGUGUUCAUAAAUUCUUUUAUGUAGGGGGCGAAUAGUCCUCCCCACAUAUUGCAGCCCACAUGGGCAUAUUAAAAGAUAUAUAAUAUUUUUAGUAAAACAAGUUAUAAAAUCCUUAAUAGUAUAUUCUUCUUUUGCAUAUUUUGUCUUAAACUUACUUAUCCCUUUCAAGGUAUUAUUCUUGCUACACUUACAACCUGCACAUUUUCCACAUGAAUAAAAACCUUUUUUAUUUACAUUUAAAUUUAAAAAAGUUUCAGGCAUCUCCUUUCUUGGAUGGUUAAAGGUUAAAAUCUGUUUUAGACUAGGUGCACCCCUAAAGGUAAUAAAAGGUAUAUCUGGGAUAAUUGUCGAUAAUUCCCUGUCUUUCUUUAAAAGGUGCCAGUGUUUCUUAAUAAUAGAUUUAACUUUAUUCGAAUCUUGAUUAAAGUCUAAAACCAAAGGUACCUUCUCAAAUUUAUUUUGUUUGUCCCUAUGGUUACUUUGUUUGAAGACUAAUUCGUUUUGAUGAUAUUCUUUAAUUUCAUCAUAAGCUUUUUCUAAGAUAUUAGUGGGAUAUAAUUUUUGGGAAAAUUUGUCUAUCACUAUCUUUGCUUGCUCCUCAAAGACAUGUUGUUCAGUGCAGUUCCUUCUUAUUCUUUGUAAUUGACCUUUUGGGAUAUUAUUUAGCCAUGGAGUAUAGUGCCCACUGUUAUACAAUACAUAACUAUUUGCAUCUACUUUUUUAAAAAAAAAUUUAGUUUUUAAAAUGCCUGUUUCCUCAUAAAUUUCUAAAUCUAAAAAAUUAAUACUAUGGUUAUUAAAGAGACUACUAAAAUUUAAACCCCAGUCAUUUACAUUAAUAUUCUCUAAAAAAAGCUCUAAAUCCAGUUGUGUGCCUCUCCAGAUAAAAAAUAUAUCAUCUAUAUAUCUAUGGUAGGAGACCAGGUUCGUCCCCCAGUGUUGGCUGGUAUGAAUAACUUCUGUUUCCCAGCUCGACAUAAACAAAUUAGCGUAACAGGGGGUGAACCUGGUCCCUAUAGCAGUACCUUGUAGUUGUAGAUAGAAUCUAGAGUUAAAAUUAAAAUAAUUAUUUUCUAAAAUCCAUUUAAUGCUAUCAGUUAAAAAUAAAACAUGUUCCUUAGUAAAAUUACCUGAGUUUUCCAAAAUUUCCUGAAUUACUUUACAUCCCUUGUCAUGAGAAAUGGAAGUGUAAAGUGCCGUUACAUCCGAGGUUACCAAAAAGUAACCAUUUUCCCAUUUUAUGUUUUUGAUAAUUUUUAUUACGUCUGUAGUGUCCUUGAGAUAUGAUGGCAUAUUUUUAACUAAAUCUUGUAGCCAAAUAUCAACAUAUUUAGAAAGAUUGGCUGAAACAGAUCCAAUGCCGGACACAAUCGGCCUACCUGGAGGAUUUUCUAAGUUUUUAUGUACCUUAGGUAAGGUAUAAAAUACAGGUACUCUGGGAAACUCAACUAGUAAAAAUUUAUAUUUAUUUUCAUUUAAAAUUCCUUCUUCUCUACCCCUUUUCAAAAGGGUCUCUAAUGAUGUUUUAAUCUCUGUGGUUGGAUCUCUUACCAGUAUCUUAUAUAUCUUUUUAUCUUCCAAUUGUCUAUGACAUUCUUUUAAGUACCUAGAGGUAUCUUGAAUCACAAUACUGCCCCCCUUAUCAGCAGGCUUUAUUACGGCAUAGUUGGGGGGGAUAUCACAGAGUUGGAAUGAAUGUGCCAUGUUUGGAGGAGGCAGUAUAACAUAAUGAGGGUGAGUGUGACAAGAUUAAGGGUGUUAAUGUGUUGGAUUAGGAUUAAUGUGGAAGGGUGAGUGUGGCAGGGAUGGAGGACAGGAUUGGAGGGGUUAUGUGGUGGGGUGAUUGUGGCAGGGUGAAGGGGGUGAGUGUGACAGACUGCUAGAGGAUGAGUGUGACAGGGUUGGGGAAGGUGUGUCUUGAGGGGGGUUAAUGUGAUAGGGUAAUUGUGGUAAAGCAAGGGCAGGUGAGUUUGGUAUGGCUGGAAGGGGGUGUGAGGGAACGGAUUAGGAGGGUUUAAUGUGAGUGUGGCUAGGUGAAGGGGGAGACAGUGUGUGGGGGCUAAAAGUGUUUGGGAAGGGUUUUAGGAAUGGUGAUAGUGUAUGUGUAUAGGGUGACAAUGUGUGCGUGGGGUGACAGGGUAUGUGGAGGGGGGCUGUAACAGGGUGUGUGUGGAGGGGUGACAGGGUGUGGGUGGAGGGUUGACAGGUAGGGGUAACUGUGACAGGUUGGUGGGACUGUGAAAGGGCAGGGGUGGGGGGCUGUGAGAGCAUGUGGGACUGUGAUAGGGUGGGGGGCUGUGACAAUAUGUCUGGGUGGCUGUGACAGGGUGGGUAUGUGGGCUGUGACAUGGUAGGGGGCUGGAGGGGCUUUAUCGUGGUGUGGGGGCUUGAGGGCCUGUGACAAGGUGGGGGGUGGAGUGGCUGUGACUGUGUAGGGGGGUGAAGGGGCAGUGAGAGGGGGUAGGGGGAUGGAUGGGCUGUGUCAGGGGGUAAGGUGUUCAAGGGGCUGUGACAGUGGGUAGGAGGGGCUGUGACAGGGGGUAGGAGGUAGAGGGACAGUAACAGGGGGUAGGGUGGGUGGAGGGGCUGUAACAGGGGCUAAGGGGGUGGAGGGGCUGUAACAGGGGGUAGGGCGACCUCUCUCCCAGGUGGUCCGGCUUUCUAGUCUGCAGUCUGAGCUGCAGACCAAGUGCUACCCAGACUAUAAAAAAAAAAUAAAAAAAAAAAAUAAAAAAAAUACAAAUAGGUGCGCUGUAUCUUUAAAUGUUAAAAAGUGCAAAUAGUGCAAUAAUAUGUGCAAAUAUUUUGUGCAAAAACACAGAGUGUGUAUACAAUCACAUUCAAUGUGGCAUAAGUGCAAAAUGCAAAUGUGAUAGUGUAAAAAUCAAUAUCCAAGACAAAUAACUUACAAGGGAAAUAUAUGUCUCCUUAAAUUCUCCAAAUCACAUGAGAACAUAUGUAAAAAGAGAUAAAAAAUGGAGAAACAUAGUAUAAUAUUGUUUUACAUAAAUAUAAAGACCAGCAAGUAGAAUUAGGAAUAUCACUCACAAGUGAAGAGCAGUAAAAGCCUGCUCAAACUGAUCCAGCUUUGAAUCCAAAAACCAGGACUUCAAUGUUGGUGUAAAUAGGCAGGACACCAGCUUCCCAAAUUAAAAACAGCUUUAUUGAAAAUAAGUAGAAUCCACACUCUCCGUUUCCAUAUAGCAGCCAAAUAACCUUUUGCCAGUACUGUGUAAUGUAUAUCUACCAGUCCCUGGUGACUUUCGGUAUUACAGACUUCACUUCCUGGAACUCGGAGUUUCGUCCGGUCACGUGAUGGCGUGAUGACGUAAUCGACGUGAUGACGCGUUUCGCCCAAUCGGCUUCCUCAGAUCACAUCCUGAUGUAGCUAGUCCUGCCUUUUAAAGCCCAUACAUGGGCGUGGUUUGUAUCAAUCAUUAUAGAAACUCCCCAUAAACUAAUUAGGGGUAGAUCUUGUAAAUGUCUAUAUUUAGAAAGUCCAUGACACAUAAAAACAACAAGAAAAACAAGAAAAACAAGUAUAGCAUAAGGCUAAUCUUCUAAUUAAAAAAACCUCAUCCAAAUGACUCAUAGAACAGCAGUAGAUAAUAGUAAUAAUAAUAAUAGCACAUAGAUACUUCUAGUUAGCAUCUAAUAUAAUUCCACAAGAGGAAGAAUAUGUAUAUGCAUAUAUAUACAUACACACAGGGUCAUAUAUAUACAUAUAUAUAUAUAUGGAAAAAAAGGGAUAUACAUACACAUAUAAAUCACAUAUAUAUUUAUAUAUAUAAAAUUUACAUAAAAAACCUAGGUAAAAAACCACAAAAUAAAAAACCAAAGGAAGCCUUCUAUAAAGGGGAAGAAAAAGGAAGUAAGUUAAUAAUCUUUAAAAAAAAAAUUUUUAAAAAUCUAAAAGACAGGCACAAGAGAAAAAAAAGGUCAUUAAAAAAAGUUGUACAAAUCGAAUUCAAUAUUGAGGCCCUUAGGUUCAAGAGUAUUUAAUGUAUGAACCCAUUUCAUCUCUUCUUUUCCCAAAUGUUGGAUAGAAUUUCCUCCUCGCCAUGAUUUUUUAACUAAUUGAAUCCCUAAAAAUGUAAGGCCACUAGGAUCGCUAUUGUGGUACUUCUUAAAAUGGGCAGAUACACUAUGAUGGUCUAAACCUUUACGGAUAUUAUUAACGUGUUCAUAAAUUCUUUUAUGUAGGGGGCGAAUAGUCCUCCCCACAUAUUGCAGCCCACAUGGGCAUAUUAAAAGAUAUAUAAUAUUUUUAGUAAAACAAGUUAUAAAAUCCUUAAUAGUAUAUUCUUCUUUUGCAUAUUUUGUCUUAAACUUACUUAUCCCUUUCAAGGUAUUAUUCUUGCUACACUUACAACCUGCACAUUUUCCACAUGAAUAAAAACCUUUUUUAUUUACAUUUAAAUUUAAAAAAGUUUCAGGCAUCUCCUUUCUUGGAUGGUUAAAGGUUAAAAUCUGUUUUAGACUAGGUGCACCCCUAAAGGUAAUAAAAGGUAUAUCUGGGAUAAUUGUCGAUAAUUCCCUGUCUUUCUUUAAAAGGUGCCAGUGUUUCUUAAUAAUAGAUUUAACUUUAUUCGAAUCUUGAUUAAAGUCUAAAACCAAAGGUACCUUCUCAAAUUUAUUUUGUUUGUCCCUAUGGUUACUUUGUUUGAAGACUAAUUCGUUUUGAUGAUAUUCUUUAAUUUCAUCAUAAGCUUUUUCUAAGAUAUUAGUGGGAUAUAAUUUUUGGGAAAAUUUGUCUAUCACUAUCUUUGCUUGCUCCUCAAAGACAUGUUGUUCAGUGCAGUUCCUUCUUAUUCUUUGUAGUUGACCUUUUGGGAUAUUAUUUAGCCAUGGAGUAUAGUGCCCACUGUUAUACAAUACAUAACUAUUUGCAUCUACUUUUUUAAAAAAAAAUUUAGUUUUUAAAAUGCCUGUUUCCUCAUAAAUUUCUAAAUCUAAAAAAUUAAUACUAUGGUUAUUAAAGAGACUACUAAAAUUUAAACCCCAGUCAUUUACAUUAAUAUUCUCUAAAAAAAGCUCUAAAUCCAGUUGUGUGCCUCUCCAGAUAAAAAAUAUAUCAUCUAUAUAUCUAUGGUAGGAGACCAGGUUCGUCCCCCAGUGUUGGCUGGUAUGAAUAACUUCUGUUUCCCAGCUCGACAUAAACAAAUUAGCGUAACAGGGGGUGAACCUGGUCCCUAUAGCAGUACCUUGUAGUUGUAGAUAGAAUCUAGAGUUAAAAUUAAAAUAAUUAUUUUCUAAAAUCCAUUUAAUGCUAUCAGUUAAAAAUAAAACAUGUUCCUUAGUAAAAUUACCUGAGUUUUCCAAAAUUUCCUGAAUUACUUUACAUCCCUUGUCAUGAGAAAUGGAAGUGUAAAGUGCCGUUACAUCCGAGGUUACCAAAAAGUAACCAUUUUCCCAUUUUAUGUUUUUGAUAAUUUUUAUUACGUCUGUAGUGUCCUUGAGAUAUGAUGGCAUAUUUUUAACUAAAUCUUGUAGCCAAAUAUCAACAUAUUUAGAAAGAUUGGCUGAAACAGAUCCAAUGCCGGACACAAUCGGCCUACCUGGAGGAUUUUCUAAGUUUUUAUGUACCUUAGGUAAGGUAUAAAAUACAGGUACUCUGGGAAACUCAACUAGUAAAAAUUUAUAUUUAUUUUCAUUUAAAAUUCCUUCUUCUCUACCCCUUUUCAAAAGGGUCUCUAAUGAUGUUUUAAUCUCUGUGGUUGGAUCUCUUACCAGUAUCUUAUAUAUCUUUUUAUCUUCCAAUUGUCUAUGACAUUCUUUUAAGUACCUAGAGGUAUCUUGAAUCACAAUACUGCCCCCCUUAUCAGCAGGCUUUAUUAUUAUUUCCUUAUUCUUUCUCAAAUUUUGUAGGGCCUUAUGCUCAUUAUAGUUUAGGUUCAGAUCAUGUUUCUGCUUACAUUUCCCUAAUUUAUCAAAAUCCUCAAUGACCGAUUUUUCAAACAUAUCUAUAGCACUAGUUCGAUAAUUUUUUGGAUAAAAGUUUGAUUUAUUUUUUACAACAGUAUGAUUAUCACUUUUCUUCACAUCUGUAUAUUUGUUAAUUUCAAAAAAACGUUUUAAAGUAAGUGUUCUAGAAUAUUUUAAUAUGUCAAUGUAUGCUGAGAAGGAGUUAAACUUUCUACUGGGGGCAAAUUUCAAACCCUUAUUAAGAGUUCUAAUUUCGUCAUUAUUCGGAACAAAGUAGGACAAAUUAAACCCAGACUAUUACAAACACAUACUGGAACAUACUCAUCACUACACACACUGCUACUCACACUGUUACAAACACAUACUGGAACAUACACAUCACUACACACACUGCUACUCAUACUGUUAAAAACAUAUACUGGAACGUACACAUCACUACACACACUGCUACUCACACUGUUACAAACACAUACUGGAACAUACACAUCACUACACACACUGCUACUCACACUGUUACAAACACAAGUCAGUUUUACUUCAUUAUUACAGAUGCUCGUGAUGUAAAACUGGCCAUGAUUGCAUGCGAUAUAAAUCAACACAUUUUCUAGCUAGCUCAGGGACAAUGUCUUCUUCUCCAUCCCUUAUAAGCUUUUCAUUACCAGCAAAUCUAGCUCUACCCUCACAAGCUAUAAUAAAGGGCACAUCUUUUUCUACAACUUUAAGAUUUGGGGGUUAAAACCACUAGAAAUAUCUCAAAUAUUUGAGCCCCUUCUUAUGUCUUCCAGGGUUUCACCAUGAGGACAGACAGUGUAAUCAUCCAAUACACGGUCUUCGCGUUACAGAUCGUCACUUGCGUCGUUGGACUAUUGGGUAAUACGGCUGUCAUAUGCGUCAGCAGCUGUAUAUUGAAGAAGACAAAAUCUAAGAUUUGGUUCCUGAAUUUGGCUGUAGCAGAUCUAAUCUUUCUCUUGUUCCUACCACUAAAUACGGUUACAUUGUUUAACGGAAACUGGUCUUUUGGGCUCUAUUUAUGUAAAAUACAUAACUUUAUUUAUGUGUGGAAUAUGUAUGCCAGUAUUUUCAUUAUUACAGCCCUAAAUAUCGACCGGACCCUGUCAGUAGUCAAAUCCAUUUGGCAUCACAAGUUUAUCACCAAAAACAUUCAUUACUCUGUGUGUGCUCUCAUUUGGUAGCGUUGAAUAUAAUAGCGAAGGAAAAACUGAAUGUAGACUGUACGAUAUUGGACAUUUUAAUAGUAAGGACAUUAGACAAAUACGGAGCACUUUUAAUGAAAGUAAUAUUUUUAACGAAGAUUCUGGAAUUCUCGAAAAUAAUGUCACCGAACCCGACCAGGGUCAAAUAAUGAAAGCAUGGAUAUUUUAUUCCCAUAUUUUUCUGGAAAACCUUUUAAAAUGAAAGAAAACUGGUUUGCAGAAAAUGGCACCCCAAACUACAUUUUGGUUGGUUCUAGAAUGUCAAUGCUGCUGCACAACAUUCCACAAUGUUUUGACAAAAUUGUGAUGGACAAUGACACACAUGAGUUAUGGAAUAAGAUGAUAUAUUUGACAGAGAGCAUUAUUAUCUCACUCCUUAUAAUUGGUUACUUUGUUCCUAUGAGCAUCAUCCUAUGUUCCAAUGUAAUAAUUAUUCUUAGAGUUGGAAAAUCUCAAGCAGUGAAGACUUUGAAAAUAUAUAGAAUUAUAGUUACAGUGGUUGUGGGUUUUUUUCUGACUUGGACUUUGCUAGUUGGAGGGGAACUUAUUUAAUUGAUAUCUGCUUGUAAAAUGAACUUUGAGCUAAUGAAGAAUGUGAUCGACACUUUACCUCUCCUGUACACUAUCGGCUACAUGAGCAGCUGUUUAAACCCCAUUGUAUACGUGUUGGCUGGCCCCAGGGUACGAGGAACAGUGACAGAAUUCUUUAGCACUAUACAGCAGACCAUGUCACAUUUUUCAUCAAGUAUUCUAAAACUUCAUGUAAACGCGAAGGUCAAUAGCAAAGAUAAUUGACAGUUUGAAUUUUGUGAGUCGGUGAGUUCAUUUCCACUGACUCAAUAAAUGCUGUUGAGAAAUUUACUAGGGUCUCAUGCGUUUAUUCCUCAAAAAGUUUAGAUUGUAUGCUCAUUACCCAAAUGCUAAGGACUUGGUGUAAAAAUGCAGUAAAAAGAUUUAAAGCUAAUGGCAGAUUAAUUUUUGACAUGUAUAUGGCAUUGUGUGCAUUUUCCCAAAUGUGCAGUGCUACAGAAUAACUUGCUUAUUUAUAAAUAUUAAAUAAUAACGAUAGUGAUUAUGAUUGCACGAAUUGAAAGUCUAAAAGAGCCCUGAUAUUUCUGCUGCACUCCUGGCUGGUGUGGACUUUUGGAUUAGAUUUCCCCCAUAAUUCUCAAGCACCAGAUAUCCUUCCCAACGUGCUCAUGCAGGCUUAAUACAUUAUGGAAUACCAGUGAUUUGCCUAUCAUGUCAUGCAGUUGGCUCAAAUGCCUCUCAAAUGUGACUUAAUCCAUCCGUCCUUGCUGAAUUGUGACUCCACCAUCACCAAUGUCUAUCAGAACCAGAGCUUCUCCCCAAACUCCAGUUCUUUAUUGUUUCCCCCAUGAAUUGCAGGUCACACAAAAGUUUCAUGGAAUCUGUACUUUGUUGAAAAAAAUGUUUUUAAAAUUCCGGACCCGAAUAUCAUGCUUUCUUUCUCCCAUCAUUUAAUUUCACUCAUCUCUCCAUCUGUACACUCCUCAUUUUUAAUCUAACCGCUCACUCUAUGUCUGACGAUUUGACAACUUAUAUUGUGGGAGCCAGGAAAUUUCCGGUGCCCUUGUAUCGAUUCUUAGGUAUAAACCCGGAACAAGGAGCCAGCCACUACAAUCCUUUGAAAAUGCGUAUCUCCAACUCUGCCAUCCACCCACAGAUGAUUGGAUGUUCGUUUACCAAGUUGAAGUUACUUACUAUAGAAAAGAAAAGUCUUACUUUUGUUUUAUUUGAACCAAAAUCCAUCAAAUCAAGGAAAUGAUAAAAACUGAAACAAGUUUGUUUUUUGUUUUUUGUUUUUUUUGGGGGGGGGAGGGAGCGUUUCCGCAGUGUAAUUUUUUUUGAGAGCUGAGCAAAAGGGGAAAAACCUAGUUUCCAUAAAUAAAAAAUAUCAAUGCAUUCAAAAGAACAAAGACGUGUUUUUAUUACAUUUUCUUGGAGGACAUUGCCAAAUGAAUCACAUGAACCAAUUUAAUGUAUCCUUUCACAACGCAUUUUGUUCGGGGGGCAUUUCUAAUAAUAUUUCCAAAGAUACUUAUUAACACUUGGUAGAAAGAAAAUAGAAAUGUUACCAGAAAACGUUUUCUUUAUUCUGAAGUCAGAAUGAAGAGAGUAAUUAACAGUUUUUUUUUUCAUGUCUACGUAAAUACAGGACAGUGGUCUCUUCGAAUAGGUACAGAGAGAGUAUAAGAUGUAUGGAAAACACAUGAGCCCCUCUUCACAAUAUAGCUGGGCAUGAGCAGGAGAGCAGUUUGUAUCUUUUUGGUUGGAACCACGGACUACAUGCUGGACAUGACAAGAUCUGUCCUUGGUUUACAACACUGUUAUUAUUAUUGUUAUUAUUGGCAUUUAUACAGCGCCAACAUAUUACCCGGUGCUUUACAAUAUUAUAAAAGGGGGGAAUCAAACAAUAAAUGAGACAAAUAUGAAAUGUGACAAGAACAGUAGGUUGAUGAGGGUCCUGCUCAAACGAGCUUACAGUCUAGAGGACUGUUGUAGUUGUAUAUUUCUGACAUCGAGCAAUACAUUGAUAAAAAAAACAACAACAAAAAAAACACCACUAUAAACGUUUUGUAAUGAUUGACACAACGGUAUGUAGACAUUUAUACAGAAAUAUAUUUUGUGAACAGGACAGAGGGGCUGAUCUACCAUAAAGUGCAGACUAUUUAUCUAGAACAACCGUUUUAGGGAGGUAUGUGGAUGUGACGUAACUGUAAUUAAUUGAUUCAAUUGUUUUAAUCUCCAUUCAAUUCAAAUUUCAAUUUAGUCUCCAUUCAAACUGUUUCUACUUACCCAACCUCAUCUGCUUCCCAUCUCUGGGUUUUACACAACACCAUUACUUAUUUUAAUAGCAAAUUUAGGGAAUUAAGAAAUAAUAGAAGGCUUUCACCCACUUUAGGAAACAUUAAUUAAGAGAUACCCAUGGAAGUUAAGAGAUUGGACAUUACAACUUACAUUUUACAAGAGAAAUAAAAAUAAUAAUAAAAAAAUUCAGUGGGCGAUUUUACAUGGAGCUUCUUCGUGAAUGUUAGAUGCUCUAAGUUUUACUGGAGACGUAUGUGAGAUCCUUGAAAAGUUCUGUCGUAAAUUCUUCAUAGAGUCAGAAAAGGCACUUCUCACUUGUCGAACCACAAACACGUACAUGAUAGGAUUGAUGAAACUAUUGGUGUUAGCUAUGGUCAUCAGUAUGGGUAAAACAUCUGAGAGUUUAUUCAUAAAGGCAACAUCCUUCGUAUAUGCCGUUCUUAAUGACAAAACCUCUACUACUAUCUCCGGCGUCCGCGUUAUGAAAUAAACCAUAACAACAGCCACUAUGACCCUGUACAGUCGGGGUGACUUACCUCUGUGAGUCUUAUUUACACGCAAGGCAAUGAGUAUGUUGGAGAUCAGAAUGAUGCAUAGGGGUAUAAAGUAGCCAAUCACUGUAAUUGGGAUUGUGCUGCAUUCUGUAAUGUAGCGAAUAUAGUUCCAUAUCUCCAGUGUUUCAUCAUUAGCACAGCACGUACUGCCUUUACACUGCUCUCUGUACUUUGGGAAUGGAGCAAAUUGGGUGUGAGUUACGUUUAAACUUUCCAUUUCAUUGGUCAGCUUGAUGGUCUGCUUAGCGUAGGAAUAUAAAGUAACAUACUCUUUAGAGUUAUUAUUAAACUUCACUUUCAUCAUAUUAUACCACAGGCAAGUAGUUUCAUUCCCAUGUGUGGCUGUAUCACUAAAAAUAAAUAUGGGAAGACUGGUCACUACUGUAAACGCCCAAAUCAAGGCACAGGCCAAACAAACAAUUCGUUCAGAGAAGAACUUGUGAUGCCAAAUGGGUUUGGCCACCGACAUGACCCGGUCAAUAUUGAGAGUGGUGAUAAAGAAAAUGCUAGCGUACACGUUACACAAAGUGAUCGAGUUUAACAAUUUGCACGAAUAUAACCCAAAUGGCCAGUUACCAAAAAAAUAAGUAAAUGCAUCAAAUGAUAAACAGGACAGAAAAACAAAAUCGGCAACUGCAAGGUUGAGAAACCAUAUCCUAGAUUUAUGUUUUUUCAUCCUGAAACCAGUAACCCAAAUUACAAUGGCAUUACCAACAAGCCCUAGAACACACGUAACGAUGGAUAAGAGAAGUACGAAAUAUUGCCUGGCCAGUUGUAGAUUUAGGCUGUAAGGUGCUCUUGGCGCAUUUAAUUCAUCCCAAAUAUAGUAACAAAGAUUUUCAGAGAGUAAGGUUUUCUCCGAUGUCAACAUCUAGAAAUCAGAAACAGGGAGCGUUUGUAAGAGACAAUUUGCAGGAAUUCGUGCGAUACCGAGAAAAAAACUAAACUAAAUAUGGAGGUUAUCUACUGUAAGUGAUUAAUAAAGGAAAUUGCAAUUUUAGACCAAGGUAGCCAAAAUAGGGUCAAAUUCUCCAACGUUUGGUCUUUGUUACCUUUUUAAGAUUUGUUACUUCAUAAUUCCCUGACAAUACCCAGUUUUGUAGAUAGCCCUAAAUGUAUCCUUGGUAUGAUUUACACGUUUGAACUUCAUAGUUACUUUAUUUUGCCACUAAUAAACUAGUUACUAUGGAAACGUGUUACCCCACGGACCCUGGGUAUAAAGAAGGAUUUUGUGCAGAAAAGAUUUUGUUACAUAUUAGGCAACUGUUAAAAAAAUGGAUCCCUAAGGUAUUAUUAAAACUGAGAACUGGUUGGAUCUAUUGACAUGCUUUACGUAUUAGGAGAUCCUGUCUCACACACGUUUUCAUGUUUUGGUUUGAAUAUACCUUCGCUCUCUCCAUGGACGCCAUUAGAGUGUCACGCACUAUGGCUACUGAAAUCGACUUGCAGAGAAUAGUUUAUCUGCCUCACAUCACAGGGCAACCUAAAAACAAAACAAAAAAAGCAAAAAUGUGUUAUGUUCAUUGGCAUGAUUCCAGUUUUUUGCCCCUUGUGUUAUUUGCUAAUUUUAAAAGAAAAAUUGGAGAUAAGAUGAUUAACUUGGAUUUUAAUUUAGACCAGACAUGUGACAGGAGACCAGAAAACUGUCUAAACAUCAAUCUGCUGAAUAAACAUGUCAAUAAAAACAAUGUUGAAAUGACUAACUGGGUACUUACUGUAUUUUGACUGAGAGUCACAUGUGAUUUACUUGGUGACAUUUCAAGGGAACCCUGCAGUGUUCAAAUAAACUAUUUCUAUAUAUCCCCAAUGAAAACAGACAUGCAUUUAAUUAUGUAUUUUUUUAAAUUGGGUGCAUGUCUAAAAACAACUUGAAAAAGCUGUAGAUCUCUUGUCUGCAGUCUUUGCAAACCCUCCCCUUCUACCCCCGCCCAGACUUUCUGCGGCUGUCCAAUCUCACACUUCCCAAAGCAGCUCAAUGAGAAGUCUGUGCAAGGCAGGUGCUCUCGACAAUUGCUGCCUCUUGAUUUUAUCUCCACUGAGAUAACCAAACCAGGAAGUAACGGGACCUGCUGUCUGAUUGACAGCCAGAGGGGUAUAACACAGUUUAUUUAUAAAUGUGUUAAUUUCUAUUGAAAUCUGCUCUUGUUUAAAUGUAAUUGGAGAGGUGGUUCGAUAUGCCAGUAAUUCUAAAGAUAUGUAAAUGUUUGUGUGCCCCUAACCAAAUAACAUAUUUUUUUUAUUUGUGAAAAAGGUCAACAGAACCUCUGCAGGUAACAAAUGUAAAUUUGUCUUAUUUAUGCAAACUUAAAAGUACUGUUAACAUUAAUAUGUUGAAUUUAACUGAGAGAAAAACUGAAUUAUUGAAUGUGGCGUGUACAAUUAUUUGCACAUUCUUUCAGUUGAUCUACUAGUAAUUUCUCUGUAUGGUCUCAGAAUCUUGAUUGUCUAAGUUGAAUUAUUAGACCUUAAUCCUCUUCUAGUGGUGACAGAACUUCAUAAGUCCUCUUACUCUUUGAAAAUCUCAGGACGCAUUGCUUACACUCAGCUAACUACCAUGGGUUCCUGUAAGCACUUUACUGACGGUCAGAAGAUAAUGGUUUCUUACCAUUCAGUGGAAGUUUAUAAACAGAUUUUGAAAUGUUCACUGCUUGCCAUUUUCACUGUCUGAAAUGUCAUUAAGAAAUAGAACUUAAUAAGAGAUGUUGAAGUAAAAGCAUGAUCGGGUAAAUGAAGAAAAAUCUCCAACGCAAUUUUUUGCAGUAAUUGAAAGAACUCAUAGGUCGAUAUCUUGCUAGCACCGGAGUUGUGAGAUGGUGGAGCACUCUGCAGUGAUACUUGCACAAAUAGGAAGUGUUUAUGGACACAAUCUUGUGAUCUCAUCACAAAACUCAACAUCUGAAGUAUGCAACACGACACAGAUAAACAAGAGGUAUUCUCAUACCAAGUGUUGUGGUUUCAUGAAGUAAAAAUGUAGUUCUUUUGCAACAAUGAUGAAAGGUACAAUUGGCCAGCAGUUAAGCUUAAGGUUGAUCUGUUGGGACAUUAAAUAAUGUAAACACAGCAUGAAUAAUAUAUUCUACUAAUAUUAACAACUCCUGGAAAAAUUUUCCACAAUCAAUGAAGAAACUUAAGGUGUUGGACAACAUCCAAAAUAUACCUCAAACCAACGAGGAACUACUUCAUUAAAUUUGGAAUGGCCUCCACAGCUCACAGACUAUUAUGUUAUAUAUUAAUAUUACUGAAAAUAUCUGAGUUUAUCUAAAAUAUACAGUUGCAUAACAGAUAACCUACAAAUAUUGCUGAACCUUGAUGUAUUUUGUAAUGAGACAAACCUUCUAUAGAAAGAAAAUAAAGAUAGUUAAACCUAAAAUGUAAAAGAAAACAAAACAUUUUGAGAAUAUUGUAAAGAUAACAUUUUUAUGAAAUGCUUAUAAAGGCUUUCAUUGAACCUCUGACAGUUGAUAGAGAUCAUAAGGCAAAAUAUGGACUGUCCCAUCUAAUCUGACAAAAGCUGUCCGAGCUAUCAGUGGCCGUGGGAAUAAGAGAUAAUGUCUAUAGAGGUUCCCAUGGUGUUGCAAGAUCCUUCAUAGACAUCGGUGUUGUACUUAAGCGCUCGUGUGAGCAGAUAAAGAGCCAGGGGUUGAAGACUGAUGAUGGUAGCAUGCUUGGGACAGAAUCAGGUAAGUAUAAGUCAGGAAGUGACAACGUCACCAUUGGGGGUAUUUGCAAAAUAUGCAAAGAACCCAGGAGGUGACAAAGUUACUUUAAGAGGCUACAAGAUGCAUUUGGAUGCUAUGAUUUCUGCAAAAGGCCUAAACCAUUACUCAUGUUACAUUUGCCGUUUUAUAUUUUUCAAUCAGGUACAAUUAUUCAUAAAACAGGGCUAUACAUAGGACACAAGGUCACACAUUUAGGCUGGAAGAAAGGAGAUUUCAUUUAAGGCAAAGAAAUGUUUUUUUUUACAGUAAGAGCAAUAAGGAUAUGGAAUUCUCUGCCUGAAGAGGUGGUUUUGUCAGAGUCUAUACAGAUGAUUAAACUGCAAUUGGAUAAAUACUUACAAAAACAUAACAUACAGGGAUAUAAUUUCUAAUUAGUGGGGUAAUAGCUGCUUGAUCCAAGGAGACAUCUGACUGCUAUUUUGGGGUCAAGAAUUAAUUUUUUCCUAGUUUGUGGCAAAAUUGGAAGAGCUUCAGACUAGUUGUUUUGCCUUCUUUUGGAUAAACAGCAAAAACAUAUGUGAGGAAGGCUGAACUUGGUGGACGCAAGUCUCUUUUCAGCUAUGUAACUAUGUAAAUUAUCAAUUAAAUAGUAGCUAUGAGUUAAAAUGUGUUUAGCUGUUUUUUCAUUGUUAAGUGAGAGUUAACUUCUUAUAUUCACUUACAGAAUAGACACAACAUAUUUUGUCAAGGUAUUUUAUCACAUUUUGAUGCUUUUUAUACCAAUCAGUAAAGUUUGACACAAACAGGAAGAUUACAAAAAAAUGAACAUGCAUUUCUAAGCAGUGGUGCUGCUGUUAAGACUAAAAUCUCCGCAAAGACCAGAUUCAUAUUGGGGCUGAGCAUCCCACCCAUACAUUAUGGGCACCACUUUGGAGGUGACCACUGGAAAGCAUUACAUUGAGGAGUCUCUGGAAACAGUACAAGCUGGAAGUAUUUCAAGUGGGGUACUGUGACGUAGUGGUGGGCUUAACACAAUAUGGCCAUGUGGUGGAACUUAAAGCGCAAAGAUCUUAACCUUUGAAGGUUUAAUUUUUACAGUGGAACCUUGGUUCUGGAAUGCUCCCGUACUCAAACAAUUUGAUAUUCAAACAAAAUAUUUGAGAAAAAAAUGUCUCGGUAUAAGAACAAAACUCGGUAUUAGAACAAAAUCACACAGCAUUAACCUCAAUGGUACCACUUUGGAACGUCGUUGGUGUGACGCACCGGCCUCCUAGCUACAGAAAAAAACAAAGUUAAUCAAUCCAUUAUUCUCCAAAGAAGGCAACUCAAACUCUGUUCCCUCAGAUAUUUCAAACUACAACCUCUCUGAAUAAAGAAUUCUGGGAGUUGAAGGUCAUGAAUAUAUUAGAGGGAGGGGCAUGUGGUGGCAGAGUUUGAGACCCUUCUCUGAUGCUUCUUUGUAACAGAAAUGUCUCACCUGGAUCGGUUUGACAGUUCCUGAAGAUCUCAGUAUUCCAGAGCCUCAUUCCUCAGCAGCAACUGAAAACAGGAUUGAGAAAUACCCCCUAUUUAUACAAUUCAACUUCAAGUUAGCAUAUUGAUCAAUCCCCCUGGGGCCUUUUGUGCAUCAAUACAAGCUAAUGGGUCAAGUAAUUUACAGUUCAGUGCAGUAUUUAUGAAUUUCCUCCGUAACGAAUGGACAUUUGCAGAGAUGGAUGUAGACAGGAGGAAAACCAUAGCUGAUAUAUACAUCAUGAUAUAAACCACUUUGCAGCAUUUAUGUAAAAAAAUGAUGUACAGUGAUACUUUCAUUUUAGGUAUGUUGAUGGGGUUGUGGCCUGGAGUGGGGCUAUUCAAAAGACAUUUUAGGAGACUUCACGACAAGCUUAUAAACGUUUAUGGAACUAAUAAUGUGAUUUAGAACAAUAACAAUUUAUCUUAUUUACUAAACACAUUUAUUGUAGUUUAAAGACACAUUUCUGGGAGUAUUAUUGCUGUGGAGCUCUGUUAUACACUCAGACACAUUACUGGGAGUAUUAUUGCUGUGGAGCUCUGUUAUACACUCAGACACAUUAUUGGGAGUAUUAUUGCUGUGGAGCUCUGUUAUACACUCAGACACAUUACUGGGAGUAUUAUUGCUGUGGAGCUCUGUUAUACACUCAGACACAUUACUGGGAGUAUUAUUGCUGUGGAGCUCUGUUAUACACUCAGACACAUUACUGGGAGUAUUAUUGCUGUGGAGCUCUGUUAUACACUCAGACACAUUACUGGGAGUAUUAUUGCUGUGGAGCUCUGUUAUACACUCAGUCACAUUACUGGGAGUAUUAUUGCUGUGGAGCUCUGUUAUACACUCAGACACAUUACUGGGAGUAUUAUUGCUGUGGAGCUCUGUUAUACACACAGAUACAUUACUGGGAGUAUUAUUGCUGUGGAGCUCUGUUAUACACUCAGACACAUUACUGGGAGUAUUAUUGCUGUGGAGCUCUGCUAUACACUCAGACACAUUACUGGGAGUAUUAUUGCUGUGGAGCUCUGUUAUACACUCAGACACACCAACAAUAUGGAGCUCCUAGUACACAGGGAGGUUAGGAUAGAAAAGAGGGACAGUGGAAUGUGAGCACAAAUAAGGACUGUCAUUCGUAAAUAGGGACACUUUGGAAGUUUUCUUACAUCAUGGGAAAUAAUGCCUUAACACACAAUAAACAAAGCAAGCUGCCCGUGUUACAUUAUGUUAUAAAAUCACACGUUCUAAAGUCUCUCUUUCCAUCAUUUCCAAUUAGUAAACCCUUAAUUACCACAAUUAACCUUGGUAGAUUUCUCACUAAAAUCCUUUCAUUUCUGUAGAAUAGAUCAGUAAAAUGCAGCAGAAAAAACAGCAGGGACAAUUAAAAAUGGACCAAGCUUUUCACUAAAGUGUGAAUUGUCUGUGAUCUAACUUUAUAUUUCUAUUUCAUUCAAAGAAUUCUGGAGUAAGCCAUCAAAACCUGGGGGCGAGAGUUUUAGAUGCAGAAUCUAAAGAACAGCUGUUAUAAUAUAUACAUUUGAUAGUGGCUUCUUUUGGAUCAACAGCAAAAACAAAUGUGAGAAAGGCUGGACUUGAUGGUGCUGUGUCUUUUUUUCAAGACUAAUUAUGUAACUAUGUAUGUAACAAUGUAAUGAUAUCUAUUAACCAUUUAAUUCUGCACAAUUACUGGGUAUAGAAGUCUUUGCACAAUGGAAAGCUUACACUUCCAUACUGAUUUUUGGUAUAACUUUAGAUCAGCCAAUAUGUUUACAAUACUUGGUAUGGCGUCAUUAUAUUGUCCACACCACACAAUGAUUGACAGGGAGCUAAGAUGAGAAGAGGCAGACAUAGGACUUGCAUGUUAGGAGGUGGCUUUGGGAGCCUGCCAGCCCAAGGGAAGCUUUAAAUCAAAUUGGGACAUUGGAACAAAAAAAAACCCUUUUUCUAGUAUAAAUGGUGUCAGGAUGUACGAAAAUGGGACCAGUAGCAAGUGAUGAUUUAAGAUGUUCAAAGGCUUUAUUACCUCUUGAGGCCACACUUGAUUGUUCACACCCUUAUGUGUAAAAUGCCUUAGCUGCUGCAACCUAGUGGUUCAAAGGUUCUCUUGAACUCAGUGAAAAAUUCUAUGGAGUUAUAAGCAAUAGAUCCUCUGUACUCCCAUAACGGAUUGACCCAAGCUAGACCUUUUCAUCAAGUAACCAGUUUUAGCCCUAUCAGAAGGUAAGGACCCAGGAGAAGCCUCAAAAUAAUAUUCUAUAAGAUGAAUAAAUGUCAAUUUAACGCAUCACCUCCAAAACGAUGAGGAGGUGACAAGGUUAGCAAUAGGGUCUUGUGAACAACAGGUAUAGAACAUGCAAUAAUAUGCUGAGGGUUAACUGAUUGACGGGUUUCAGGUUACAAUUGAAUUGUGUAACAGAGUUUGAGCGAACUGAUCCAUUCAUCCGAUCAUGUUUUAAACUUUCUGACAUCUAUCCCAUUCCUACACAAUCACAUUAAUCUCAUCCUGAAAUUGUCCAUGCCACCUCUGCCAGGCAGCCAAUUAAUGUAUGCCCUGUAAAAAACUAUAUAUUUAAUAGCAAUAUUCUAUGGUGCAACAAUGAAUUAUACGCCUUGGGCGUGACAUUUACUAAGAGAAUGCUGAUUUUGAUGGAUAUUUGCACUCUUUUUUUUUUGGCUGAUAAUUUUAAAUAAAAUAAAUAAGAAUAUAAUAGAAUAUACACAUCUAAUAAAAUGAAAAACCCAAGCUUUUAUUAAAUUUAUAUUAAAUUAGUAUAUCAGUAAAAAUGCAAUUUUCUAAGAUUAGUUGCUUUUUUGGGGGGUAGAAGUUGCACAAUGUUUCCAGAGACAAUGAGUAGUGCACAUCUGCUAUCACUGACAAGACAAAGGAAUUUUCUUUAACCAAUACAUGCAGUAUGCCCCCUUCUCCACCACUCUCUCUCUGGACUUGUUACAUUGUCUGCAUCUCCCAGCCAAUCCAAUUAGUGUUUGAAAAAGGUGAUCCCAGGAAAUAAAUGGUUUUAAGCAGUCAGUCAGACUGAGAAGAGAGAGAGAGAGUACAGAGAAAGAAAGAGAAAUUAUUGCCGGCAACAUAUAGCGGAGUAAGCGUCUGGGUAAGUCACAAAAAAUGAAUAAUUAAAGUAAAUUGCUUAAUUGUUGGAGGUGAUACGUUCAUGCUUGUUUAAGGUAUGCUUUUAACACUACAUACAUUAAAGCAGCUCUGUCACCGCCUGAGCUCACUGCUCGGUGUCCAAUGGCCGUCUGCAGAGAAAAGUGACUUUUACUUUCCUGAACCUGAUUAACAUAGGGGCUGAUGGAGCUGAAGCUGCAGGCCCAUUGAUAAUACCAUAGUAUUACCAUUGAUAAUACCGUAGUCUUCCUGUUGUAUUAUUACUAUUUAUAAAGCGCCAACAGAUUCCACAGCACUGUACACUUGCCGCAUGUGAGAGAUUAUUGAGAUCUCAUGGAGGUCAAUGUGCACAUUUCCUAAAAAGUAUAAUUUUUCUUUAUGAAUUAAUCAUUUUGUGGUGGAAAGGUGGGUGGGUAAGGGGGUAACAGAGUUGCUUCUAGUACAGAUUAAUGCAGGAACUGCUUAAUUGUUCCAUUAACUCAUUACUCAGUUAAAAACAUGUCAGGGGACAUAAUUAAUGUAUGUAAUCAAGGUAAAGGCAUACAAAGAAGGAUCUUCUGUAGAGGGAAAACACUACAAAGUACCAUGCCCACUGAGUAUUCAGAUGUUUUGGUUUUGUAUGUUGUAUCCCCAAUCUGUAUUCUCAUGAUUUUCCCUUGUUGAGUGUGUUGGUUAUGUAUUUCGUUUGAUUUCCCUAUAUGUUUGGGAUGUAUAUUUAAUAGUUUGUUUUAUGAUCUGCGACUCUAGUGCCUGGAGGAUAAUUGGGUUAAGUAAAUGUCUCUUUUUGAUAUGGUAUUGCCAGGGCCGCCAUCAGGGGGUGACAACCAUGACGGUUGUCGGGUGUCCGGACAGUGGUGUAUCCUGGUUUUGUGCUGCCCUAGGCAGGACAAAACUCAGGUGCCCCACUCCCCCUGCGCCACCCACACCCAACCCUUCCCCCCCCCGCCCCCGCGCCACCCCCCCAACCCUUCCCCCACCCCACCUUCUAAAUACACAAACACACAGUCAGACACACACACACACACACAGUCAGACACAAACACACACACAGUCAGACACAUACACACACACACAGUCAGACACAUACACACACACACAGUCAGACACAUACACAGACACACACACAAACACACACACAGUCACAAACACACACACACAGUCAGACACAAACACACACAGUCACACACAAACACACACAGUCAGAUACAAACACACACAGUCACACACAAACACACACACACACACAGUCAGACACAUACACAGACACAAACACAGUCAGACACAAACACACACAGUCACAAACACACACACAAACACACAGUCAGACACAAACACACACACACAGUCAGACACAAACACACUCAGUCAGACACAAACACACACACACAGUCAGACACAAACACACACACAGUCAGACACACACACACACACAAUCACUCACAUUAACUUUUUUUUUUUUAAUUUAACCCCCCCCCCCCAACCUCCUUACCUUUGGGAGUGCUGGGGGGGGUGGUUCCUCUUUCUCCCUGGUGGUCCAGUGGCUGCUGGUCGGGCUACUGGGCGGGCGGGUGGCUGGCGAGGAAGCACUUCCUCUGAACUGACUGCUCAGCUCCCUCGCGCGCGAGGUGGAGCUGGGACCCGGAAGAUUAUGUCAUAUUCCGGCUCCCAGCCUCACACUGUGGCGCGCGAGGGAGCUGAGCAGACCGCUCACAGGAAGAGCUCCCUCGCCUGCCCGCCCGGCAUGUCAGUUAGCCCCGAGGCUAACUAGGCAUUUGCCCUGGGCAUUUGAGGGCGGCGUUUUUUGCCGCCCCCUGAAAAAUGCCGCCCAGGCAAAUGCCUUGUUUGCCUCGCGGCUAAUACGCCCCUGUGUCCGGGCCCCACGUGUAGCGGCGGAACUGACGCCGGUGCACUUGCAGCCGCACGCUGAUGGGGCCCAUCGGUUGGCCCACGCACUUAGGGCCACCCGAUGGGCCCUAUAUCUUCAGGAGCCCGGUCAGCGUUGUGAGCGUGUAAAAGCGCGACCAGGCCCCUUUAAAAAACAAAAUGCAGCAAGUGCUGCUGGGAGGAAGUAGUCACUUCCUCCCAGCUCACUCCGCGCGGAAGAAAUGCGCCAACUCCUAUCAGCCCCAGCCACCCUCCUGCAAAGAAAAGGUAAGAAACAAGAGGGUGGCUGGAAAAUGAGCUCUGUGUGUGUGAAUGUCUGUCUGUCUGUCUGUAUGUAUGUCAUUAUGUGUGUAUGAAUGUCAGUGUAUGUAUGUCUGCAUGUCAUUAUGAAUGUGUAUAUGUAUGGAUGUCAGUGUCUGUAUGUCUGUAUAUAUAUGUAUGUCUGUCUGUAUGCAUGUGUGAUGAGACCAAUCUCGCCACUGUGCAUUGGAGGAGCCUGGUUGCCCGCCUGCUGCCUUUAGACUAUGGCCCGUUGUUGAAACGCUUGAUUUUCCCCUGCAAAGACACGAAAGCCGGGUCAUUCGGUGCUUGCCCUGCUUGAGCGGUGAUACCCCAGAUAGCUAUGCCAUGGAGCCCAUUCGUAUAACGAAAGACUAUGGGAAAGACUUUGGCUCCAUGGAAAUUGAACUGUAUGUGUGUGAUCUGAGCACCAUUCAGUAAUAAUGUGUGCUCAGAUCUGAGCUAUCUGGGGAAAUGUUAAAUGUACCUGUUUUAUGCAAUGGCUGCACAGUUAUAUUUUUUUAUGUAUUUUAUUGUCUUUUGCUGCCAUGUGUUCAAUUGAGUUUUGCCUCUGUCCUUGGAGAUAAUUGGAUUACUUCCAAUUAUCUCCAGGAUAGAAGACUCUGUGGAACUGGUUUUGGGCAGAAAAGCCAUGCUUCAUUUGGUCCUAAAGGACUACGAUCUAUCUUUUUAACCACUGGACCAAUUUGUAUGAUUUUGACGUAUGUUUGUAUUUGGAGUAUGCUGAUUCUGAAAAUGUAUGUGAAUGUGAUGCAUACUUUUAAAGUUAUGAAUAAUGUGGAAAAACUGUAUUUCUCUGCCUGUGAUAAUUACAUUAACUCAUUGUGUAAGGUAAUUGUAUCACAGGCAGAGGGGAGGAUUUUGUGUGGGAGUGUCUGAGUGUAUUGUACAAGUUUAUUGGUUGUUUUCCAAAACCCUGUGGGUGGUACUAAUGUGUAAGAAUGUGUACAUAAGAACAAUAAACCCACAGCUCUGUCUGUUCCUGCUUGACCCCCAAAACGGAGCCCUGUCUAAUUCUUGGCGGGAUUUAUUGUAUGCUGUUCCAGUUUGACUGCUAGGAGUGUAAACCUAUUCGUAUGGUUUUUCCUAUUUGCUGUUUACAGCAUUCGUAUGGUUCCGGUUCGGCUGUUUACGGCAUUCAUAUGGUUUCCUGUUCGGAGGAUUGGUGUCUUUGGUAUCCUCUAAACAGCGUUCAACCCCUUUUAUGUACGGGGUGCCGUUAAAGCAUGUAUGUAUGUAUGCAUGCCUGCCUGUCUGUAUGUCAUUAUGUGUGUAUGAAUGUCAGUGUAUGUAUGUCUGCAUGAAUGUCAGUGUCUGUAUGCAUGUAUGUCUGUCUGUAUGAAUGUAUGCCAGUAUGAAUGUAUGUCUGUGUGUCAUUAUGAAUGUAUGUCUGUGUAUGUAUGUGUGUAUAGAAGUCAGUGUCUGUAUGCCAGUAUGAAAGUAUGUCUGUCUGUCAUUAUGAAUGUGUCUGUAUGUCCUAAUGCAUGUGUGUCUGUAUGUAUGUGUCUGUCUGUCACUAUGUACGCCUGUGUGUAUGUCUCAGUAUGUGUGUGUCAGUAUGUAUGCCUAUAUGCGUAUCAGUAUGUAUGUCUGUUAGUAUGUAUCAGUGUGUGUAUCUGUGUCCUUUUGUAUCAGUGAAUGUGUUUGUGUCUAUGUGUGUAUUCCUGUGGGCGGGAUUUGGAGGCAGUCCCUUUGGGCAAUUUCUGGUGGCGGCCCUGGGUAUUGCAUCAAGGGUUUCCUGUUUCUCGAGGGCCUGAUCCUUACCAUAUCACGUUAGUGUGAUUUCCCUCACUUUACAGAAUAGCUCUGCUGGAGUCCAAGCUUCAAAGAGGGAUUGGGGUUAGAAGUCUGGGCAUUCCAUGCAAUCCAAUUAACCCAUCUUGAAAUUGGAAAUGUACUUUUGAGGAGUUUAUGUGUUUUAAUGUGUGUACCUGUAUGUGCUCUUGGUAUCUCCCAGAGUGGGAGAUGGUUAUCUGUAACCCAGCCUCCUCCUGCCUGGGAUUGUGUUGUACUGAGUGGAGACCCCUUGGGGGGGUCUGGGCAUAAAAGAAGCCUGUGUUCAAUAAAGAUGGUCAGAAGACAGUCUGGCUGAGUCUGGUGCUUAAACCUCCAGAAAUGUGUGUUGUCCUUUUACUGGAGGGAGGGAAGCUUUAACCCCUGUGUCUGCUGUUUCAGCUUGCAGGGGAUUUAGAAGAUUUAACCCCUGUGUCUGCUGUUCCAGCUUGCAAGGGAUGCAAUGGAGAAAAGUCCUUAUAAGGACUAAGAGCUUCCAGGGCUGUGUCGUCUCUGCCUGGGAGCGUAUAGAGCUAAGUCCCUUAACCAUGCAAGAGUUCCUGAUUGGCUGAAAGAAGGGAACAAACGUCAGCACGCCUAAUAGUGUAUCAUUGGGGGGCAACGGGUUGUUGGUGGGGACUGGUUGGGUCAGCAGUCAAGUUUUAUUCCAAUGGCCAUUUGAAUAUAUAAGCUCACCUGCCACGUCAAGGCAAGCCUCAAUAGGUGAGUUCCUACACUAGCCAUUAGAUAUGCUGAUAUCAGCCAAGAAUCUCCAGUAAGACAGGAAGGGGUAUUUUAUAAACCCUUUCACAUUUAACCCUUUAUAGGGCUUCUACACAUACAAUAAACUUUGCUGGUAUCAGACAAAGUGUUAACAUCUCUAAUGAUACAUGAAGGGGUAUUUUAUAAACCCCUACAUACUUAACCCUGAAUAGGGCCAUAACACUUACAAAUCACCCUGCUGGUAUCAGCUAAAAGGCAAAUUUCUCUGAUGAGACAGGAAGGGGUAUAUAUAUCUUUAUUGACUCCUAUAUUAUAUUUUUCUUUUUUUAGUGUGUAGAGCUAUUCAAAGUUGAAUACAUUACCCGGAGAUUGAUAGAAGCAAUUUCAGUACGGAUGGUGUAUUCUAAGCCCUGGCAUCUCCUGUCAUUAAAUAACCAGGAAAGUCCACAUAACAUGAUCACUAAAGGUCUGAUUGUUAUGGCGAUAUAGACUGAUGUUGGUUUUGUUAAUAACUAUAAUACCAAGGAGCACUUACAUUUAAUGAUCAGCUCCGCUGGGACCAAACUCUGGAAGUGCUAAGUAUCCCUGGCUGAUCGGAAUAAAGCAUAUUUUACAGACUAAUAACACCAUGUGUACUGAAUGCUAUUAAACAUAAAGUAGAAACACAUAAUUUAAUAGUUUGGCAAUCAAUAAGAUUACACACGGAUUCCUCUCCCAUUAUGGUUAGUAUGCUGAGUCCAUCAUGCAGAAUUCCAUUAAGUGCUUUUCACGUUAUCCUGCUCCGUGUGAGGAACAGAAACCACUUAAUUAAACCCUUUGUUAGGUUAACCCAUUAAGGGACACAUGUUACUCUUUGCACUCAGGCGUAAUAAACUAUAGAAAUUCACAGUUUGAAAAUAGUGGUCUAAAUUUCAGAAUUCAAUAUGAGAUUACGUUAGCGAAUAGAGAAACAAGUAUAUUCCUGUUUACAAUUAGAGAUUUGCAGAAAUGUUACGCCAGCAUUUUUCAUCCUCAUCAUUUUAUAUGGGGCCUGUUCAUUAUAUGUUACAUUAUUGAACAUUAUAUAAUGCUUUAUGAAUUGCUCAAGGUGACAAUAUGGCUGCAUACUAUGUUAGUGCCUCCUCUGGCCAAAUGUGGAAUUACACACAGGGCUAGGUUUCCCAUUAAGUAGAGUAGGCAUCUGGGCAUGGCCCCACCCCCUCAGAGUGAACACAGCGAUCUUCUCAUGGCCCCGCCCCCUCAGACUGAACACAGUGAUCUGUACAUGGCCCCGCCCCCUCAGACUGAACACAGCGAUCUGUGCAUGGCCCCACCCCCUCAGACUGAACACAGUGAUCUGUGCAUGGCCCCACCCCCUCAGUCUGAACACAGUGAUCUGUGCAUGGCCCCGCCCCCUCAGACUGAACACAGUGAUCUGUGCAUGGCCCCGCCCCCUCAGACUGAACAGUGAUCUGUGCAUGGCGCCGCCCCCUCAGACUGAACACAGCGCUCUGAACAUGGCCCCGCCCCCUCAGACUGAACACAGUGAUCUGUGCAUGGCCCCGCCCCCUCAAAGUGAACACAGUGAUCUGUGCAUGGCCCCGUUAUCAGACUGACACCCGCGAUCUGUGCAUGGCCCCUCCCCCUCGGACUGAACGUAGCGAUCUGUGCAUGGCCCCGCCCCCUCAGACUGAACACAGCGCUCUGUGCGCCCCGCCUUCUUCCUCCCUUGGAGACAGGCGUCCGACGGGGGGGGGGGAUAUCACCUCUUGGCACCCCCCCAAUGACAGGGUGAACACGUGGGGAGGGGCGGCAGAGUGCCUGCAGGAACAGCGGAAACACCGUUCCCACGCGUUCCUGCAGGACUCACAGGCGUGCUGUGGGGAUUAGGGUGUGCCUUGGGAAAGGUCUUCAUCGGUAUAUUCAGUGGUGUAUCCUGGUUUUGUGCUGCCCUAGGCAGGACAAAACUCAGGCGCCCCCCUCCCCCCGCGCCACCCCCACCCAACCCUUCCCCCCGCCCCACCUUCUAAAUACACACACACACAGUCAGACACAAACACACACACACACACACAGUCAGACACAUACACAGACACAAACACAGUCAGACACAAACACACACACAGUCAGACACAAACACACACACACACACACAGUCAGACACAAACACACACAGUCAGACACACACACACACACAAACACACACACACCACAAACACACAAACACAGUCAGACACAAAACACACACACAGUCAGACACACACACACACACAGUCACAAACACACACACACACACACACACUCACAAACACACAAACACAGUCAGACACAAACACACACACAGUCAGACACACACACACACACAGUCACAAACACACACACAGUCAGACACACACACUCACAAACACACAAACACAGUCAGACACAAACACACACAGUCAGACACACACAGUCAGACGCAAACACACACACACAAACACACAGACAAACACACACACACAGUCAGACACAUACACAGACACAAACACACACACACAGUCAGAGACAAACACACACACACACAUACACAAACACAGUCAGACACAAACACACACACAGAGUCAGGCACAAACACACACACACAGUCAGACACACACACACACACAUUAACUUUUUUUUAAAUUUAAAUCCCCCCCCAACCUCCUUACCUUUGGGAGUGCUGGGGGCGGUGGUCUCUCUCCCUGGUGGUCCGGUGGUCCAUUGGCUGCCGGUCGGGCGGGCGUCGCAGGCGGCCGGCGAGGGAGCUCUUCCCCUGAGCUGACUGCUCAGCUCCCUCGCGCGCCGGCCGCAGAGUGAGGCUGGGAGCCGGAAUAUGACGUCAUCUUCCGGCUCCCAGCCUCACUUUGCAGCCGGUGCGCGAGGGAGCUGAGCAGUCAGCUCAGGGGAAGAGCUCCCUCGCCUGCCGCCCGCCCGCCUGCCAGCGCCGCCCGCCCGCUCGGCAUGUCUGUUAGCCGCGAGGCUAACUAGGCAUUUGCCCUGGGCAUUUGGGGGGCGGCGUUUUUUGCCGCCCCCUGAAAAAUGCCGCCCAAGGCAAAUGCCUUGUUUGCCUCGCGGCUAAUACGCCCCUGGGUAUAUUGUUCCUGACAAAAUCUGUAAUAGUUUAUCUCAUUUGUUGUUAAAGACCCUUUAAUAAUAUUGUAAAGCUCUGCAAAAUAUGUUGACGCUAUAUAAUUGCAAAAGAUAAUACUUUAACACACAAACACACACACACACACAUACUGUUACCCACACUGACAUAAACACAUACUGGUAUGUACACAGUGGCAGAACUAAGGUAGAGAGGGAAUUGUUGUGCUCCCCUCUCUCGCCCCUAAUGCGAGUGGCCGAAAAUUAGAUUCCCAUCUGUUGAACAUUUCCCACGAUGCAUUGCCAGCUAGGGAUCUACCAUUUAUCAACCCUUGCAGGUUUUUUUGUUUGUGGGCAGUGGGCAGUGUUUGUAUGCUAGUAUGUUUUUUCUAUGGAGUUUGUGUGUGUGAGCGUAGGGUUCUAUCUGUGUGUAGUGUUGGCAUUUGAAUACAGCUGUGUGUUUGUAUGUAAUGUUGCCAUUUAAAAGCAGUGACAUACUUGUGUGUAGUGUAUUGGAAUGCAGGGGUGUGUUUGUAUGUAGUGUCGAUGUUUGCAACAUAUUUGCAUGUAGUGUUAGUGUUUGAUUGCAUGUAGUAUUAACAUAUGGUUGGAGGGGUGUUUUUGUAUGUAUUGUUGAUGUUUGAGUGUGAAUGUUGGGAUCUACAAACAUAUAUACAUAUGCAGCCACACUCACACAGAUACACAUAUACCCAUACUGACACACACACACACGCACACAGAUACACAUAUACCCAUACUGACACACACACACACAGAUACACAUAUACCCAUACUGACACACACACAGAUACACACAUAUACCCAUACUGACACACACACACACACACAGAUACACACACACACACACACGCACACAGAUACACAUAUACCCAUACUGACACACACAGAUACACACAUAUACCCAUACUGACACACACAGAUACACACACACGCACACAGAUACACAUAUACCCAUACUGACACACACAGAUACACACAUGUACCCAUACUGACACACACACACACACACACACACACACAGAUACACACAUAUACCCAUACUGACACAUACAGUUACCCAUAUACUCACACUGACACACACAGAUACACACUGAGGAUGAUGGGAGGCUGUCUGCAGUGCACUCCCUUCUCCUCUCUGUGCCUCAUUGUCAUGCAGUAACACUUCCGGGUUCGGCAGGGGUGUUUUUGUAUGUAUUGUUGAUGUUUGAGUGUGAAUGUUGGGAUCUACAAACAUAUAUACAUAUGCAGCCACACACACACAGAUACACAUAUACCCAUACUGACACACACACACGCACACAGAUACACAUAUACCCCUACUAACACACACACACACAGAUACACAUAUACCCAUACUGACACACACACACACACAGAUACACACAUAUACCCAUACUGACACACACACACACACAUAUACCCAUACUGACACACAGAUACCCAUAUACUCACACUGACACAUACAGAUACACACUGAGGAUGAUGGGAGGCUGUCUGCAGUGCUCUCCCUUCUCCUGUCUGUGCCUCAUUGUCAUGCAGUAACACUUCCGGGCUCAGCACUCCGCUGUGCGGAGCCGGACCCCGCCCCCCCUUCCCCCCCGUUAAAAUGAGAGCUCCUCCUAAAUUUAAAAUUGGUGACACUGUUUGGUUGUCUUCAAAAAAUAUUUAUACUAACCGUCCUUCUAAGAAAUUAAGGCCUCUUUUUCUUGGACCUUUUCAAAUUGAAUCUAUUCUAAAUGAAAAUGUUGUGAAAUUGAAACUUCCUCCUUCACUUAAACUUCAUCCAGUUUUCCAUAUUUCACUCCUAAAGUCUUUUUUUCCAGACCCCUUCCGGAGGGAACAAUUGUCAAGGCCUGACCCCAUUGAAGUACAAGGAGAAUUGGAAUAUGAAAUAGAGAAAAUUCUUUCCUGGUAACUUACCAGGAAAGGUUAAAGGAUCUUAACAUGUAUAGCUUGGGGGAAAGAUGAGACAGGGGGGAUAUGAUAGAAACAUUUAAAUACAUAAAGGGAAUCAACACAGUAAAGGAGGAGACUAUAUUUAAAAGAAGAAAAACUACCACAACAAGAGGGCAUAGUCUUAAAUUAGAGGGGCAAAGGUUUGAAAAUAAUAUCAGGAAGUAUUACUUUACUGAGAGGGUAGUGGAUGCAUGGAAUAGCCCUCCAGCUGAAGUGGUAGAGGUUAACACAUUAAAGGAGUUUAAGCAUGCGUGGGAAAGGCAUAAGGCUAUCCUAACUAUAAGAUAAGGCCAGGGACUAAUGAAAGUAUUUAGAAAAUUGGGCAGACUAGAUGGGCCGAAUGGUUCUUAUCUGCCGUCACAUUCUAUGUUUCUAUGUUUCUAUGUUAUUAAAUGGAAGAGUUAUGGGGAAGAAGAAAACACCUGGGAGAAUUCCUCUGAAAUACAUGCAAAGACAUUGAUUACUGCCUUUCACAGGAGAUACCUUCAAAAACCGAGCUAAUGGCAUCCGGAGUGUGCUCCUUAGGUGGGGUGUCCUGUCAUGCAGUAACACUUCUGGGUUCGGCACUCCGCUGUGCGGAGCCAGACCCUGCCCCCCUCUGACGCGGCUCUAACGGUAUUUAGGGAGACCGCGCCAGAGAGAGGGGGCUUGGUGAUACUGAGAGCUACUUCCGCCAGACUUACCUCUCCACAGGCUCUGGCAAUGUGGGUCCUACUUCCGAAUAUGCACGCCGGCUCCUGGGACACGCCGGCUCUACAAACUCUGAAGUCGUCCUAACCUUCUGGACUAAGACAAGUAUGCUUCAUGUCAUAGAGGAUUUCUGGAGAACGGAAACUCACUUACUUUACAAGUGGACCAUAUCCUUAAACUAUUGGAGGACUACUCAGAUUAACCUUAAGUAUAUCUUUCAGCUAUUUGUCUACAAUAUCAUUUAAUAGUGAACUAAUACUUGCUUACUCAAAUCUUCAUUGCUUCAAGCUACUAAUUAUAUGGAGGACAACUCCCAUCAUGCUUAUUAGCUAUGAACUGUUUUUGCUUUGCAACUAUUCUCAGCUACUUGCUUAAUAUUACUAUUGAAGAUUAUUCUCAUUAACCAAAGAAUGUUACUUAAUGCAUCUCUGAGGAAAUACUUAAUAAUGAACAUUGUGUUGUUGAUUACUUGCACUUAUUCUUAUUGGAUUAUUACCUAAAUGCAAUUCAUUUAAGUUUAACACUUAUUAAAACUUAGUUUGAAUCAAAUUACCAGCGAUUCCCUCUUUUCUUAAAGCUACAGUAUUGAUACUUUAAAGUUUCUCCGUAUCUUCACUAAGGUAAUUAGGGAGGUUUACAAGCUGCAGUUGAGUUCCAAGCCAAAUCACCCAAGUAGCGUAACACUCAUCUGUCCUAUCAGUCCACACGGUCUGUAAGCUGUGAGGAAGAAACAGGUUAUUCCUCAUAACACUGGUUGCUAAUAUUAAAGGGCAUGCUGCUAAAGGGCCACAGCAUCUAACUAGACCCCUGAUCAGGCCGCCCUCUCUUUCAGGUUUGCCCUAAGUGCAAUCACAAUUUUUUUUUAUAGCUAUGGGACAAUUUCCCCGUCCAUGAAAUACUAGCCUUCCUAUGCUACCAUAUCCAACUCUAUCUUGAUGAAAAAUUAUUAUUCUUUAACGUUUUGAAGUUAAAACCACUAGAUAUCUCUCAAAUAACUGAGACAAUUCCUAUGUCUUCCAGGCAUUCACCAUGAGGACAGACAGUGUGAUCAUCCAAUACACGGUCUUCGCGUUACAGAUCUUCACUUGUGUCGUUGGACUAUUGGGUAAUACGGCUGUCAUAUGCGUCAGCAGCUGUAUGUUGAAGAAAACAAAAUCUAAGAUUUGGUUCCUGAAUUUGGCUGUAGCAGAUCUAAUCUUUCUCUUGUUCCUACCACUAAAUACGGUUACAUUGUUUAACGGAAACUGGUCUUUUGGGCUCCAUUUAUGUAAAAUACAUAACUUUAUUUCUAUGUGUAAUUUGUAUGCCAGUAUUUUCAUAAUUACAGCCCUAAAUAUCGACCGGACCCUGUCGGUGGCCAAACCCAUUUGGCAUCACAAGUUUAUCACCAAAAACAUUUAUUACACUGUGUGUGCUCUCAUUUGGACAGUGACAAUACUAGCCAGUCUUCCUGUAAUAUUUGUUAGCGUUGAAUAUAAUAACGAAGGGAAAACUGAAUGUAGACUGUACGAUAUCGGACAUUUUAAUGGUAACGACAACAUGAUGAGACAAACACGGAGCACUUUUAAUGUAAGUGAUAGAUUUAACCCAAAUUUAUGGAUUCUGGUAAAAAAUGACACCGAACCGGGCCUGAGUCGGACAAUGAACCCAAAUAUAACCAUGGAUAAGUAUUUCCUAAAUGAAGAUUUGCCAGAAACACAUUUUAAAAUGGAAGAAAGCUGGUUUAAGGAAAAUUAUUCAUCAGUUUCUAUUCUUUCAAACCGCUCUUAUAUUGUCAUCCCACAAAUGCCGUAUUACAAUGCACCACCUAUUCUCAUUGGUUAUUUGAUGGUCAAUGAGACACUCGAGUUAUGGAAUAAGAUGAUAUAUUUGACGGAGAGCGUUAUUAUCCCACUCCUUAUAAUUGGUUACAUUGUCCCACUGAGCGUCAUCCUAUGUUCCAAUGUAAUUAUCAUUCUUAGUGUUAGAAAAUCACAAGCAGUGAAGACUUUGAGAAUGUAUAGAAUUAUAGUUACAGUGGUUGUGGUUUAUUUUCUAACUUGGACUCCGCUAGUUGUCGGAAAAGUUAUUAUACUGAUAUCUGCUCGUAAAAUGAACUUUGAGCUAAUGAAGGAUGUGAUUGACACUUUACCUCUCCUGUACACUAUAGGCUACAUGAACAGCUGUUUAAACCCCAUUAUUUACGUGUUGGUGGGCACCAGGGUACGGGGAACAGUGACAGAAUUCUUUAGCACUAUCAGGCAGACCAUGUCACGUUUUUUUAUUAAGUAUUCCAAAACAUCAUGUAAACAAUAACAAAUAUCCAGGCUCAUCACGUACAGAAUAAAACAUUUAUUUGACUGUCUGACGGUCUGUGUGCUGGUGUUGAUAUGGGCAAAUGCAAAUAUUACAAGUUUUAGAAUGAAAUGCUGUAUUUCUUAAACUGUAUACUUUGUCUUUAAGAGAUAUUGCAAACUGACAAGGUGUUAGAAAUGGAACAUAUUGUUUUUUUUAUAACUGUUUCUUUAAACAAUAACCUCAGUGCAUAUUAUGUUUGUGCCAUUUUGUCACAGAAGAAUUACAAUAACAAUAAUGCAUGAACAAGCUUCAAGGCUAUGCUACGACUCUUUCAGUACACAGUAUACUGAGGUAACCUUAGUAGAUAAGGAUGUUCAGACUUUAAGAUGCCAUCUUGAACUAAGUCAGGAAAAUUUCCAUGACGUAUGCACCCUUUAGUAAUGGCCUUGUAUGUUUGCCAAAUUAAGGGGGGUCCUAAAAUGAAUAAAGUAAAAUAAGUGUUACUUUUUCAUAUAUUAACUACGGUAACCGUAAAAUGGAGACACAUAAGGUAUAAACAGGGGCGUUUUAGCCGCGAGACAAACAAGGCAUUUGCCUUGGGCGGCAUUUUCCAGGGGGCGGCAAAAAACGCUGCCCCCCAAAUGCCCAGGGCAAAUUCCUAGUUAGCCUUGCGGCUAACAGACAUGCUGGGCGGUGCUGGCUGAUGGUCGGGUGGGCGGCUGGCGAGGGAGCACUUCCUCUGAGUGGUCUGCUCAGCUCCCUCGAGCACCGCAGAGUGAGGCUGGGAGCCGGAAUAUGAUGUCAUCAACCCGGCUCCCAGCCUCACUCUGCGGCGCUUGAGCUGAGCAGACCGCUCAGAGGAAGUGCUCCCUCGCCAGCCGCUCACCCGCCCAGCAGCCACUGGACCCCCAGGGAGAGAGGGACCCGCCCCCCAGCAUUCCCAAAGGUAAGGAGGUGGUAAAUAAAAAAAAAUGUGUUAAUGUGAGUGAGUGUGUGUAUAUGUCUGUGAGUGUGUCUGUUAAUGUGUGUGUGUUUGUUAGUGUGUGUGUCUGUUAGUGUGUGUCUGACUGUGUGUGUCUGUUAGUGUGUAUAUGUGUGUCUGACUGUGUGUCAGUGAGUGUGUGUGUGUCUGCUAGUGAGUGUGUGUUUGCCUGUGAGUGUGUCUGUGUCUGCUAGUGAGUGAGUGUGUGUGUCUGUUAGUGUGUGUGUGUUUCUGUUAGUGUGUGUGUGUGUGUGUCUGUUAGUGUGUGUGUGUCUGACUGUAUGUGUGUCUGUUAGUGUGAGUGUGUUUGCCUGUGAGUGUGUGUCAGUGAGUGUGUGUUUGUUAGUGUGAGUGUGUUUGCCUGUGAGUGUGUGUGUCAGUGAGUGUGUUUCUGUUAGCGAGUGUAUGCGUAUCUGUCAGUGAAUGUGUGUGUAUUUAGAAGGCUUGGGGGGGGCCUGGUGAGGGGGGCGGGCGCCUGAGUUUUGUCCUGCCUAGGGCAGCACAAAACCAGGAUACACCACUGGGUAUAAAUAGGUGUACUUUUAAAAUGUUAAGACACAGAGGAGAGACUUGGAGACAGACGCUGCUCCAUCUUAAAAUGACAGAGAGACUGACAUGAUGACAUGUUCAGAAGGGUAUGUUAACCUAUUAAUGAUAUUUGCAAGCAUUUAAUUUAAUCUUAUAAACUCUGCUAUAAAACUACUGCUUCCAAGACAAUCCUUAUUUUAUAUUGUAUUCUCAAUUAUUUAUAUAUGUUAAAUAGAGGAUCUCUUACACUAACUAUAUGAAAUUAUGGCUAAGUUAUCUGUAUGGUUAGCCCUACUAAGUUCUAUGCUUGAAGACGUUAUAGUGGUAAAUAAGCAAACCAGCCACGGUUACAAUUGGCGAUCACAAAGGGACAUUGUACUUGGAAGCUUUAAUUAUAAAAUAAUAAAUACCUAGGUAACCUCUUAUAUGUAUAUGCUGUGCAAUUUUGGGCAACUGUUCUAAAGAAGGAUAUUAUGGCACUAGAAAAAGUGCAGAGGCGGGCUUCAAAAUUAAUAAAAGGAAUGGAACAUAUCAGCUAUGAAGAAUGGUUAACAAAUUUAAACCUAUUUAGUUUAGAAAAACGUCGCCUGAGAGGGGAUAUAAUAACAUUAUACAAAUAUAUUUGGGGCAAAUAAAAACCAUUGUGUGGAAAUCUAUUCACAAACUGGACUUUACAUAGGACACGAGGCCAUGAGUUUAGACUGGAAGAAAGAAGAUUUCGUCUAAGGCAAAGGAAAGGUUUUUUUUACUGUAAGAACAAUCAGGAUGUGGAAUUCUCUGCCUGAAGAAGUGGUUUUAUCAGCGUCCAUACAGAUGUUCAAACGGCUACUAGAUGCAUACUUGCAAGAACAGAAUAUUCAAGGAUAUAAUCUUUCAAUGUAGGGUAAUAACUGCUUGAUCCAAGAAUAAAUCUGACUGCCAUUCUGGGGUCAAGAAGGAAUUUUUUUCCUAGCUUGUUGCAAAAUUGUGCUUCAAACUGGGUUUUUUUGCCUUCUUUUGGAUCAACAGCAAAAAACAAAUGUGAGGAAGGCUGAACUUGAUGGACGCAAGUCUCUUUUCAGCUAUGUAACUAUGUAACUAUGUAACAAUACUUUGUCAUGGCACAAGUCUUGAAAUAUCAAGCAUUUAUUGAGCUAUUUGUAGCCCAGACUCAGAGAGAGAUCUUCAUCAUGGAGAUAUGAUUUUAAUGUGAACUUGUACAAGGCACUUUAAGUUUAGGUGCCAGGUACACUGUAAUUAGUAUACAAUGCUGAAAUUUUGUGGAUCUUAAUUAAUAUCAUAAGAGAACAAAUAUACAUAUUUGGUAAACUCCCUAAUAUGCCUAAUACACCAGCAUAGCAUGGUCCGUUAGUUCCAGGACAGUGGAUUGCAGACAGAGGGAUAUGUUCUCUUUGUAGCUGCUUAGUAUGCAUGCGCAGGAAAGAGAUUAAUGCAAGAUGUUGUCAAUAGAAAAGUGAUACAGAAGCGACAGACAGACAGUCCACUAUAUAAGAAAAGUUUUAUAAAACAGUGAUAAUUUCCAUAUUAUCAGUUACGCUAGCUGUUGAUUGAAAAUCAGGAAUUAUAACAGCAUAACUAUUUUUGGAGUCUAGAGUUUCCCGCCAAGGUUGCGGAGAUACAGAGACAUGUAAACAUUCAUAAAGCCAUAAAGAGAAAGACAAGUCUUUUAAAUAAAUUCAGUGCAGUACAAUGCAGUACACUGCAGCAUGUAUUUUAUAUAACAUAUGCUAACUAGCUCAUAUUUUUUCCUAAACAGAGUUGAAAUUAUACUACCCUCCUUGAAAAAAGGGCAACAGGUGGUUAUACAUCCUUUGCUUCUCUAAAUGCUCUGCAAAAGUAAAUAUUAUAUUCUAGUAAUCAUAAGCAUUUGCUUAUUGCCACAUUACUGAUGUACUGUUUAUUGAAAUAUUAAAAUCUAAUGUACUUUUUGAAUUACGAUAUAUUGGAAGUUUGCCAACAUCUCAUGGUUAUAAAUAUGUUUUUGUAUGUGUUGAUGCAUGUACCAGGUUUACUUGGAUAUAUCCUGUGCGAAGUGCAACCUCUGAUACCACGUUUGCUAGUCUCACUUCCUUAGUAUGCAUUUGAUAAUCCCAGGACCAUCCAUUUGCAAAGGAAACCUAAAACUGGGCAACCACAUUUGGGUUACUUUGGGAUUUCAGUGCCCCAACCACCCCCAAAGUAGUGGGGUUGUGGUCUUGGAAAAUGCUGAGGUUAAAUGAUUAUUAACCAAGUUACUAGUUUCUUGCCCCACACAGUGGUAUCUAUUUAUUCCUAUGGUACAGAUGAGCAUUCACAACAUACCCGAUGAUACAAAUGGUGAGACACCAUAGGAAAUGUUACAUGUUUUUCACUGACAAACAUAUUUCUUCACCAGGGAGAACUUAGAACCAUUGGUUCUAUUAGAGAAAUUUAGGGAUUUUUUUUCCAGCCCACCUCGUCUUGCACCACCACUUAUUUACUACUGUUGGCCAGCUUGUCCUGGAGAGGGUGACUCCAACAACUUUUACUACAGAGAACGAUCAGAGCCAACAGAGAACAAUAAGUUGAUAUUUUACAACCUUCUAAAUACUAAGAGGACGUUCACAGAACCACUGACUGAUACAAUGGAUGCUGUUAAAGAUGACAAAAUAAAACAAAUAGAGGACAACAGAAAUGCCACCAGAACACAGCCACCAGAAUCAUAGCCACGUAACAGACUGAAUCAUGAUCUGACAUCUGGACCUGCAGAUGUGAAGGAGAAGGAUGAACAGACAGGUGUGAAACAUUCACAGUUAACAUGGUAUAUAUGAACAAUUAAUCAUCAUCAACAUCAUUAUAAGAAAGACUCUGGAGAAAACAGACUGAACCUGAAUUAUCUUAUACAGUAAGAAAGAAAUGCAAAGAUGGAAGCAAAAGGAUGCUAGAAAACGAUGAUGGCAAAGCAUGCUGAAAACAGAAAAAGAUGGGACAGAUGCUUGUGAAAGACUUUGGAUGCACCUAUGAAGGUGAUGCAAGAAAAGACUUAGCCAUAUAGUUUAUCAUUGAAUGACUAGCGCAAACAGCCUUCUUAUGCUGAAAAGAAGUGCUAUGCUAAUUCUGGACAUUGCUAUUAUGUUUCCAGACAGAAGAAGACCAGAAAAAGAAAUAAAGGCUGAUAACUGUCAACACCCAGCUGUUUCUCAAGAUGGAACAUGGUACUGACAAAACCAGAUUGACUAUCAAAGCACCUCACAGUACAAGACACAGAUUGUUAACUACAACUCAGAAAAAGUGGUUAAUAGGAAGGAGCAGAAGAAGAGGAAUAUAGAUUUCCUACUGGAGUGAAAAACCAUCCUGGAACAAUAUUCUGCAACAAUGAACUUUACAAUGACAUUUGGUGGCAUAUGAAUUUGAAUUCGGUAGGAACACAUCAAUUAACGAAAGAAACCUUGAUGCAAUUAAUAAAUAACAACAACACCGGCCUACUAAGAGCAGAUGCCCUGCCAAGAGAAUGGAAUAUAAAAAGACCAGCAAAAUCUUUCAGAAACCUGUCAUCAUGGGACACUUGUACUAAAGCACGAUUUGCAGCUUUUCUUAAACUCUACAUAUUAUGUACAUACCUGCAAAGCAAGGAACUCCUGUAAACAUAAACACAGAGACAUUGAUACAACAAAUAAUCUGUAAUGGUUCUGUUGCAGAUGUGAUCUACCGUCGUACUCCUUGCUCUUUUGGUAUAACUAUACCCAUCAAAACGUUAAAUGGCUCCACAGUAUCAAACGACAAAGGAUUCUUGCUAUAUUCUGGACUUCCAGGAAUGUGGUGCAUGGACAGAAAAAUUAUAAUUACUAAAGCAAUCAUGCUAUUUUUUUCCCUGUUUCAGAAAUGUGUCAGUGACAAUGUGUAAUAUAAUACAGAUACUAUAAUUAAUGGUAUAAGAUAAACACAUAAUGUGUUAAUUACAAAGGUGGAUAGACUUUGUGAAUAUCUGAAAGGUAAUUGAAGAUGAUUGCUAAAAUGCCAUAUGCAGCUGCGGUCUGGCCUACAAACAAAUAUAUUAGACAUACGUAGAAGAGUAUAACAGCUAAUUACCCAGAUGAAUAAUUGAAUCAUGAUAGUUAAAGAUCAUAUGAUUGCAAUAACAACUGCAAUAAUGAAUAAUAUUUUAACCUUAAAAGAAAAUGUUAAAUGUUUUUAUUAAAUCAGAAACUACUCUAUAUUUGUUUAUGUUUGCAGAGUGGUAUAAUUAAUAUAAUCUAAUUAAUCUAAUUACUAUAAGUGAAGUACUUCAACAGUUAAAAUUUAACUGAAAGACAGGCAGAAACAUCACUUCACUUAUCACAAACCUAUAUUUACAAUGAUAAACAUGUUCAGUCUGCCAGAGUUAAGGCCAGUCAAUGGAAAGUAAAAGAGUAUUGUGGAUUAACCCGUCCAGGUGAUAUACAUGAUGAUUUUGGAAAUUGAUCAUUUAGGUCACCUAUUGCAAACUGGUGAAAAGAUGUCAAAGAUAUAAAUUCAACAUCCAUACCACUCUAUGUAUGUAUAUUAAAAUACACGUAAUCAAAUAUUUUAUAGAUUUUUCAAAUACCAAGAAAAUUUUAUUUGGUUUGUGAUGAUUAAAGGUACAUAUACCUUGUGGUAAUGAUCCUGCCACAUCUAUUGAUUGUUUAAUCAAUACAUCAUGCAUAUGAUUAUUAAUUCAUAUUCUGAUUGUAACAUACCCCCACUUCAACCAGUUAUAGUUACAACAGAUUCUGAUAUCUAUUGUUAUGGAAGUGUUAAAACCACUUAUACAAAGGUAGAGCUAAAAUAUAAAUACCUUCACUAUUGUUUCUGAGUGUUUUUUUUUAACUCACUUUUAGAAAUAAUAAUAAAUAUUCAAAUCAUCUUAAGCUACACCCAACAGCCACUGGUAAAUAUAUUUAAACAAUUAAGAUUCACAUUGUUAAGCAUCCAAUCUCACGAACGUAACUUUCCACAAUGGCUGUCAAACAUGUUUUUAAGACAGUUUUUGGGUGUUUCUGGUAUUUUAAGCCACUAAUAACUAGGGAAUAAGUUGUCUUCUCCCUAACAGGUCAAAGAAAGAUAAUUAAUGUCAUAUUUCCAAUUAGCAACUAUUCUAAAUAGAUUGACAGAUUAAACAUUCAUAUACACAUAAACACAGACUCAUACACUAACAACCAUUCAUACACAAAGACGCCCACAAACAUAGGUUCAUACACAGAGGCGUAACUAGAAACCACUGGGUUCCGGUGCAAAAAUUACCCAUGUGUCUCAUUCUUGGCCCCCUCCCCACCCCCAGCUCCUCCAUAUGUCUCUUUUCCCCAAACUCCUCCAUGUCUUAUUCCCCAAUGUGUCUAUUGUCCCCUCAGCACUUCCAUGUGUCAAAUUCCACCCCCCCCUUAAUUCAUCCAUGUGUCUCACACUCCCCGGCUCCUCCAUGUGUCUCAUUCUUCACUUCCAGCUCCCCCAUGUGCCUCAUUCCUGCUAAGCGCCUCCAUAUGUCUCCUUUUCUCCCUCCAACCCCUCCAUGUGCCUAUAUACCCCCAGCACCUCCAAGUGUAUCCUUUGUUCCCCAUAGUCCCUCCAUGUCCAUCCUUCCCCCUAUGCGUUUCCUUUCCUCCCCCAGCCCCUCCAGCGGUGUGCACUGUGCAACCCUCUGACGUCUGUCACCCUGUCCGGAUCGCCUGCCAGAACUCCAGUAAGUACACUGCUUUCAGUGAUUUACAUAAGAUGCCAUACUUUCUGCUUGAAUGCCUCUCAGAUGCCUUAUGACCUUAUUGGGCCAAUCCUCUAGACAUCACUUGUUGGUAAACAGUGUAGUUUUGCACAGCUCAGAAAGCAACUUAAAGGACCACUCUAGGCACCCAGACCACUUCAGCUUAAUGAAGUGGUCUGGGUGCCAGGUCCCUCUAGGAUUAACUCUUUUUUUUAUAAACAUAGCAGUUUCAGAGAAACUGCUAUGUUUAUAAUAGGGUUAAUCUAGCCUCCAAAUCCUCUAGUGGCUGUCUCAUUGACAGCUGCUAGACGCGAUUGCAUGCUUCUCACUGUGAAAAUCACAGUGAGAACAUGCAAGCGUCCAUAGGAAAGCAUUGUAAAUGCUUUCCUAUGAGACUGGCUGAAUGCGCGCGCAGCUCUUGCCACGCAUGUGCAUUCAGCUGAAGAGGAGGAUCGGAGGCGGAGAGCUCCCAGCCCGGUGCUGGAAAAAAGGUAAGUUUUAACCCUUUCCUCUCCCCAGAGAGGCGGGAGGGGGACCCUGAGGGUGGGGGCACCCUCAGGGCACUAUAGUGCCAGGAAAACGAGUAUGUUUUCCUAGCACUAUAGUGGUCCUUUAAGGUAAAAAAAAAAAAAUAUUCUGCUUCAGUGCUCUAUCCCAACAUUUUUGGACUGUGUUGUCUAGACCAGUGGUUCCCAACCCAGUCCUCAAGUACCCCCUAACUGUUCGGGGUUUAGCCUGUUGUGUCUAAAGUGAUCCCCCCCCCUUCUUUCUAAAAACACCUUAGACAUAACUGGGUAAUCCCUAAAUCCUGGACAGGUAGGGUUACUUGAGGACUGGGUUGGAAACCACUGGGUUGGGAACUUUCAAUAUUUUUUUUAGAUAACCUUUAGUUUAACACCACACACAAAAAAUACCAAAACACACAGGCCCUUACAUUCUUUAAUAAUAUAUAGCGGAGAGCUGGUCUUUCACAGGGUAACUCCACUAAAGAUCCCAAUGAGGCUAAGGAACAAGUAAUAAAAUACCAUAGAGUAAUAAUCACAGCAAGCAAGGUAAUCCAUGAAUAUCCCCAUACUGAUCCCAAUGACUGGACGACACACAGCAUCAGAACUGACUUUUAAUCCACACAACCUCCUUUUAAAGCUUUCUCCCAUGCAAGGGAGGGAUUCACAUUAAUCAGUACAGUAUCCAAUAGUAUGCCUGUUAUCUCCCACACAUCUCUUCCCCUCAGUGUGACACAUAAUCCACUUAUCCAUACUGUACGUUUACCCGAUUUCUGGAUGUACCCCAAAACAGUCAGCUAUAAUUAUAUACUGACUAACAUUUUCAAAAUUCACCCAGAUCGGACCAGGGGUUCGGGAGUUAGAUGGAAGGUGAAAUUUGACCAACCGCACACGAGGUGGUAUCCGAAAAAGGCUCCAUGUGUUUUGGCCUUGCGGUCAGUCUCCGUUCGGGAGUUAAAAUACAUACAAAUACUUGCCAUCCAUGGUUAAUCUUACGUUCGUAUUAAUUCCCUUGUUCGGGCCCGCUGAGAUUUUCUUGCGUAAGAUGGCCGCCGCCACGUGGUUCGUAUGCCGAACGGCAACCACACAGAUACAUACAAAGUAGCGAUUUCACGGUCAAUUAGGUUGCGGUUACAGAGUGUGAAAGCUUAAUAAGAUGCACACUUCUCACUGGGGUGGUCUGAUGGUUUGGUAGUUUCAUUCGUAUGAAAAACGGAAUGAAAACUACCGAACAAUCAGACGAAAACUAUACACAAUACUUCUACACAUAGUAAUAAUUACACGAAAUACAUUUGUAACACGAAUCCCUGAGGACAGCCCAUUGCCAUCCGCUAAAAUAUAUAUAUAUAUAUAUAUAUAAAUAAAUAUUUUCAAAUUUUUCCAAACCCCCCCUUUUUUUAAAGUUUCACUCUACUAGGAAAGUGCAAGAGGGUCAGACUCCAGCUGCCCUCAUUGAUAAGGCUACUAUUGAUAGUAGUUCUUUUCAGCCUUUGCAAGUACUUCUAUCGAUAUGUCCGAUUCACCACCUAGUAGGCCAAUCUUUUGGUCUCUGCCUUUUCUGGUGCCUUGGUGAAAUAAUUCAGUCAAUGGUAGCAAGCAGUAGUGCAGCAAGCACAGCACCACUAAAAGUUUCUGUGGGAAACUUGCAGGGCCCUUUCAGGGAAGCACUAGGGCUACUUAAAAGACCACUAGUACUCCAGUGACUAAGAAAAAGCAAGGUGUGCCCCCAGUUUCUUCCUCUACCACUAGUAGCACCCUCUCCAUUUCUCCCUGAAGAAAGGGAAAUUGAAGGUGCCAAAGAGAGCAAGUUUGACACAAAAGUUUAUUAGCAGGUUUUGGACAGUAAAUUGACCUCCUGGGCAGCCACUUUCUUUACACAGAGGUGGUUUUCUGAUCCCCCUCCAGAGACUACAAUCUGCAUGAUCAGUGCUACCAUUGGCAGUGACAUAUCAGCUCCUCCUACCACCACCCCUAGUUUAGCCAAGAUAAUCCCUGGUAACACUAAGAGCACGGUAUCAUUGGUGAAAUCACAGGAGUUGUUGCUGUUCUUAUAGGCACCCUAAAAAGGAACUCGGAGAGAGCAGGUAGAAGAAUUGCAACAGCAGAUUCAGUCACGGUAGUUUCUUGGUCAUCUUUGGCAGAAGCUACCAAGGUAGAGCAGACAAGUGCUACCGUUUUAGAAGCCUCACCAUUGUUUGUUCUUGCUGGAGGUGAUAUAUCUGUGUUAACACCUCCAGUCAAGUAUGAUAAGUUAAUAAAAUAA